GCUUUUGCAUCCUUGAGAGAAAAGGCAGGCAGAUUCUUCCAAGGAGGCGCCCGGCCUGCAUCCCGGCCAGCGAGGUGUGGGGAGGGGGCCUGUGCCUGCCCAGAGGGGGAAAGGGGGGGCAUCAGGCGCGAGGGCGCUGGCUUGGCAAUGUGAGCCCAUCUGCCCCCAUCUCUCUUAGGAGGAGAGAAGGGGCGCCCUGCGCGCCUGCUUUGCUGCCUGGCCCCAGGGACCGGCUCUUCUCCCGACUGGCCCUCUCUUCCCCUGCCUGGCGAGCAUCCUUUGAACUCUCCCUGCAUCCCAAGGAAGGACCACUUUGCCACCGCCGCUUCUUUCCCCCCACAGACAGCUUUUCUUUCUUCGUGUUUUCUUUUCUUUCCCCCGUAGCGCAAGGGAGGAGAGCAACUCUCCUAGGAGUUGUCGAAUGGUCUUCCCCUUUCCUCUUGCAGCCAUCUCUUGAGAGGGGAAGGAAGGUUUCAGCGCUUGAGAAAGGAGGGCGGAGGGAGGACGACGACGAGUCCGAGCCAAUUGUCGGAGGAGGAAGUCCUUCCACUCUCACCUGUUCCCUCCCGGAGGGCUGGAUCUAAUGCUGUGACUCACCUGCGCGGCUGGUUUCCGACAGGACACGACAGCAACGCAGCGCCAGGCUUUGGCAGGCGACCAAAGCCACACAGACUUCUUCUCUCCGUCUCCUUUGGGUGGCUCUGCCCCUUUUCCUCCUCCUCUCCCUCCUCCUCCGCCACGAAAAGGAAGAACUCAGGAGUUCUCUGCAGCCUGCUGUUAAGUAUUAUACUUAUAAUAUCCAUGUCCGCUUUCGCCUUGGCAAAAGGAGAACACCUCUCCAUUGGGGAGACACGCCUCUGCCAAGUCUGAUUUCUCUGGCUAACUUAGUUCCCCCUCCAUCUCCACCUGCCUCGUGCUCUCCCCGCCCCCCUGAUCCGAGACAAAAACCUCCUUGUUCUUUCAUAAUCGCUGCGAAAUCAGUUUUACAAGGAAAAAAAAAGAGAAAGGAUAGAACCGGCCUCUCCAGUUUUGGCUUGGAAACCGAAGGAAGAUCUCGCAGGUUUCACAUCUCAGCCCGCUUUUCGUUUUGCUGAGACACGCUGAAAUUUACAGUUUUGGUGGUGCCGGCUUAUAUAUCUUGACUUCGACGCCAUGUCCACCCGGGACAGCGUGCAGAUUCCGGACGACCGAGAUUUCGACCACUUCCGGACGGAGUGCAAUUCUGACGACGGCUGGAGCCUCACGUACAACAAGUCUGGGAUUGUCGUGUGGAUCCAGAUCCUUGAGGCAGAGAAAUCCCUGCACAAGAUCAAGGUAAGGAAUGCGCCGUGGAGCGUGGAAGGAUCUGGCCCAGCACAAGCAACCAGGGUUUUGUUGUGGCUUCAGACCACAGGCCCUGGUUGGCAGGGUUGUUGUUUUUUAAUUCUCUUGUUUAUUAACAACUUUUCUUUUCCCUCAGUUGCCACUUCUACUUUUCUGUCUCUUUUGGGGUCGACGCAGGAAACCCAAGGCAGUUUUCAGACGUAGCGUUUUGAGGUAUUUAAUAUGCAGGGGGCUGCAGCCCAUAGUGAACCUGUCCCACGCGAGCCUCACAAAAAGGAAAUGUGUGAGAGGGCACCUGUGACCUUGCACCACUCCUGUGAGUUGUCACGUAUGACUUCCAACCGCGCCAGAAUGCCUGGCGACUGAAGUUUCGAAACCUAACGUGCACUUUGCUGGGAAGUCAGGUUGUCCUCUUAACCUGACAUUUUGACCGCUGCAUGGAAGUCCUUGAUAAGGCAUUUCGUUAGAAAUUCAGUUGCGCAAUCCUCAGUGUCACCGCCACAAAAUGAAGCAAGUCCCACAAGGCAGAAGAAAAGCGGCAGAUUAAUAACUCACAAAAGGGCAGGAGUUACAAAGCGCUGUGCUGUCUUGAACUGGGCCGCUUUGGAACAUGUAGAUUUUCGGGUUUCACAGAACUCUUUGUCAGAUAGAAACUGAUGAAGACUUCUGAGAAAGCGGAACAUGUGCAUGCUUUUAUACCGGCUGAAAACAUAUAAUGUACCGGCUAUGUUUUCCUUUCCCUGCAUGCACCAAGUUUAAUUUUUUUUGGGGGGGGGUGCAUUUGUGCAAACGUGAAUAUCUUGGUCUUUUUUAUUUGAACUUCUAAGUCACCUGAACUCUGUCCUUGAAGCUCCAGGGAGGCUGCAGUGCAAACACCCACCCACCAGUGAUUCACUGCGCUGUGAACCAGGAACUUCCUGGUGCGAGUCUUUCACGAGAUCACCCUCUGUCCAACUUAGCAACUCCCCUUUCGAUCGGGUUAAGAUGAUGCUGGCCUUCCUUACAGGGGCGACGUUGCAUUUAGUUGGUCAGGAUGCAAAGUUCCCUGAAUCCUAUAAGCAGUAUAAUGAUCCCUGAAUCACUCCGGUGCUUUCCCUCCUUAUCAACACAACAACCUUGUGAGGUAGGUCAAGCAGGGAAAGAGAGUUUUCUCCAGAGAGCAUUGAAGUUCCACUGGAACUAGAAUCUUGGCUGUUUUUGGCUGAACACCACAUGCUAACUACUAUAUAAUAAAUGGAGGAUGCCCUAAUAUAAUUAUUCUUUAAGAACAGAGGAAGCUUAUUGCCUUCACUCACUGACAGUGAUUCUCUCAGGUUUCAGAUUAGUGCCCCCCCCAUCCCCUGGAGAUGCUCUCCAAGCAUUCAAAACUUGCUAGGUACAUUUUGCACCUGGCUAUCAGCCACUUGCGACCAAGUGAAGAUACCCGGGAGCCAGGAUGGCACCUGAUGUCUCCACCACCUGUGGAUCCUUGGCUCAGGACUGUUUUCAUGCACCAAUUCCACAGGUACCAAAAAGUCGCACAGAAAAAAUACGACUUUUGAGUCGUCUGGACCCCCAAAUGGCCACUAGGCAUUCCAUUUUGGCAACUGCAGCCCUGGUUUAAGGAGCCAUUUGGCGCCUAGCUUAUAUAUCUGAAUUCCUAACCCUGUUUGUCUCUGAGCUUUGCAACGCACACAGCUUUCGGAGAGCUCCAAGUGCCUCCCAUACAUGGUCUUCCUAAUACUCGCAACCACCCUGUAAGGGAGGCAGUAAUUAUUAUCUCGCUAUGAGCCAGGGUAGGGCUGUGGCCCUAGCGUCUUACACGGUGCCCCCUUCUGGAUUUCUGACGGAGGCAAGGUUGGUUGAACCAGGGGAUUUUAUCACAUGCAACUUUUCAUACAGGGGAGGGAGAAGCUGCUUUGGAGAUCCCCUUUUCUAUGCAAGGAGUUAGGGGCUCAGCUGGCCUCUCCCCUCUAUGCCUGCCUGCUAUACAGAAAGUAACCAAACAAUUAAACCCCUGUGUUGCAAACAAUUAUCAGUAAUAGCCAAGGCAACACGAUGACCAAGUAUAACAAUGCGAUGUCAAUAUGAGCUCUUUAUAUAAUCCAUACAGAACAUUGAACAGUAUGAAAUAUAUGAAAUAUGCACUCUCUGCAAAACCAAAUAAACAGAAAUCUUAUAAAUCUCUGAAAGUCACAAAAUAGGCACUCUUGAUGGAUUCUCUUGAAAACAUAGAACCAAAUAAACAUAAGUCUUAGAAAGUCUUUGUAGACUAUGCAAGUCUCUGAAAGAAGCAAUGGGUCAGAUUCUUAUCUGGUGAAAAUAAGCCCUAAAGCUUUGUUUUAUGACGUCCAACGCUGCUGAAGUGGUCCGCAAACAGAUGUAGUGAACAGUGAUUCCAGAUAUACCCACUUUCUGCUGUACAGAAAGGGCUUCUCUUCAUCCAGGACUCCUUUGGGAGGGGAGGAAGGGCGGGAUACCAAUCUUUGUUAAGAAUAAUAAUUAUUAAUUAUUAUGUUAAUAAUUAUAGAGAAAACUCAUGCUCGGGCUUUGCCAAAUACCCUGCAUGUCGUUCAGAUACACAGUGAGCCAGUUCACACAUGCAUUUUAAACGUGGCGUUUGUUAGUCAGCUUUUCUGGGUCUUGCGAAUGCUACGGUGACCAACGGGUGUUGAGAUCGCAGUUCGUUGCCUCCAGCCUCAGUUCUAUUGGCCAUCCAACCACUGCUUAAAAACCUCUCCCGAAGGAGAGUCCACCAUGUUCAUAAGACCAAUCACUCUGGCAAAGAGGAGAACCAAACCAGACUGAAAAGACAGUUAUAGGAGCCGACCCAAAGUUUUCCCCCCCUACAUCAUGCGAGAGAGCUGUGAAAAUAUGAUUCCUUUCCCCGUUCCUCAUCUGUCUCCUCAUCCAUCUCCUUCUGUCUCGUAUGCCUGAAGCUUUUUAGCAGAGAUCCUCUUUGCUUAAUCACAUAAAGAGAUGGAGCAGGGAGAUCGGUUUCCCGAGGGGGAAAACGGAUGUUUCCAUCCCAUUAACGUUACCCGGCACUCUGGGGCCAGAGGUCAGUUGGUGCCUCCGAGACGCCAUCUAAGCAGCAACAAGGAUCAAUGCGCUCUGGUGGCUCCUUCCGUGCUUUGCAUCCGUGCAGAAUGACGGCUAAGUGGUGUCAAGGAAUAGAUUCAUUCGCCACAGAUUUAAAGAGGUGGAUUUGGAGGACGGGCCUCAGAGAUCCUUGAGCACCAGCAAACGUAGAUCCCUUUUAGGCUUGGCAAGUGACCAGAAGCAGGAGGGAAUGAUAUGAAGUGCUCUUGUGCCCGGUGAAGCUUUUUCGCAGCCUGGAAAUAAACACCGUGCUUUUUGUAAACAUGAAAUCUGCCUGCGGUGGCAGAUAUCGAGGUACCAAGCUGUUUCUGCACAGCAGCAGAGGCAUUUUGAGAAAGCUGGCAACCUCAGCUCCACAGGUCCAUCUGCCUGCAUCUCUUGAUCCAGGCAUAGCCUUUGAAAGAGAUUUCUUUUAUUUUCUCUUGAAAAAUAAUAGAAUCAAACGUUUUUCUUUUUCUGGCUCGGUUAAGAGGAACGGUUACCCUCCAAAAUCGUGCCUCAACAGGGUGGGGGCUUGGAGAUACGAUAUAUGAUAGCUUGUUUCCUCCAGUUGAUCAGUUCCAUCAAUUGGAGAUGCUGAAAUGAGGCAGCUGUUUAAGAGGCCCGGAAUCUGUUUUCCCAUCUUGCAGUUUGUAAUCUCAUCUAUUCUCCCUUCUCAGAAAGACACACACACAGAAACCUCACUCCUGAGAAAGGCACAGAGGCAUAAACGAAAGUGUAGCACCACCUGGUAGAUGACUCUUGGUGGUUAUUGUUGUUAUAAUAUAUUUAAUUAUACCCUGUCUUUUUCCUUGACGGGGACUCGUCGACUUACAGUUAAAAAUAAGAACUGCUAAAAAUGUAAGGGGAGGGCAAACAAUAACCAAAAAGCAAAUUAAACAUUGAUAGAAUUAAAACUCUUUCUCUCUCUCAUCAUAGAAUCAUAGGACUGUGGAGUUGGAAGGGACCAAGAGGGUCAUCUAGUCCAGCCCCCUGCAAUGCAGGAAUCUUUUGCCCAGUGUGGGGAUCAAACCCACAACCUGAGAUUAAGAGUCCCGUACUCUAUGGACCAAGCACACACAUAUAUAUGUAUAUCUAUUAAAACUAUACAUAUAAGUGCAAUAAAAACAGCAAGCAACAGCCCUUUCCUUAAAAGCAGUCAGAUCCCCAAAGUCUGUUGGAACAAGCAAGCCUUCAUCUGCUGGUGGCAGGACAGCAAGGAGGGAGUCUGUCUGGCUUCUCUAGGGAGGGGGUUUUCAAGUUGCUUGGGAGGAGCCACCACCGAGAAGGCCCUCUUCUGCGUCCCCAACAAGCGUCCCUGUGAGGGUGGUGGGACCAAGCUAAGGGCCUCCCCUGAGGGUUUGCAGCUGACCAGCUGCUCUUCAGAGUUAGAUUUAUGAGGGGAGGUCAAUGGAUGCUGCAGGGGUCGGCAAACCUUUUCAGCAGGGGGCCAGUCCACUGUCCCUCAGACCAUGUGGGGGCCGGACUAUAUUUUGAAAAAAGAAAAGAAAAAAAAGAAUGAAUUCCUAGGCCGCACAAAUAACCCAGAGAUGCAUUUUAAAUAAAAGGACGCAUUCUACUCAUGUGAAAACCCGCUGAUUCCUGGACCAUCUGCGGGCUGGAUUUAGAAGGCGAUUGGGCCGGAUCCGACCCCCGGGCCUUAGUUUGCCUACCCAUGCUGUUGAGAGUUUCAGAGAAGGAGAUGGAUAGACCUUACGCAUGGCUAGAAACCAAGAGAGCUGGCAUGGCGUAGUGGUGGUUAGAGAGUUGGACUAGGACCUGCGAGACCUGGGUUCGAAUCCUGACUUGGCCACAUGCAGUGUGGGGCCUUGGGGGUCAGUGGCCGCCUCUCAGCCCAGCCUACCUUGCAGGGUCGAUGGGGGGAUUAAAUGAGGAGGGGGAGCAUUACUUAGGCCACCUUGAGCUCCUUGGAGGAAAAGGUGGGAAAAUACAUUUGAUAAGUAGAUAACAAGGGCAGAGCUCUACUGGGAGAAUGUCCCACUAGGUAGCGUGUCGUUUUAGGGGCUGAAACCCAAUUUUUCAUUGAGGGCCUUAAAAAUAUGUUUUUGGGUGUAAGCAAUUCAAACCUGCUAUUAUUUUCUGUGAUUGGACAACAUGUAGCUUGGUAAGGCUAUGUUUGAAGAAGGAGCACAUAAACUGCUUGAAGGAAAACCAAAGGAUUUUAAUCUUACCUUCUGAAAAUGUCAGGUAAUGCUAAAUAACAGCAAUAAAUAUAACAAGAUGCAAUAUUAUAUGACAGAUGGACAUCCGCCCUCUGUUUAAAAACUGCCUGUGGUGAAGAAUCCAUCACUUUCUGAGGGGACGUAUGUGGAUAAGGCGACUUCAAGGGUGAACCGGUACAAAUUGUUAAGGACUUCAUGUGCUAACAUAUGAAUGAACGCUGAGGAAACAGUUGUCAUCUAACGUCCCCGCAAACUUUGCACAAGCAAAAAGGCAUUUCUUCUUUUUUAAAAGACACGUGUUCUAAGGUGCUACAGGUUCGUAAAUGUCACAUAGAAAGCAUUGGGAGGGGGUAGUGUUGGUCAGUGUCAGAAGGUCCUGGGUUCAAAACUCACUGGCUUCUCCAGGAAAGCUGGGAGAGAUCCCUGCCUGACCACUGGUCUGAUUCGGUAUUACACAGCUUCCCUUGCUCUUAUCUAAGAGUCCAGCUGUUUCUUCUCCAACAGAGCCAGCAUGAAAUUGUGCAAAAGCCCGGCAGCAUUUUUCAACCUGAAGCCCACUUCCUGGCAUUCAGAACUUUGCAGAUGGCGCGUUCAGGUUCUUAGGCCCUUGCAGACUUGCGUUCAAGGCACGAACUUGCGGCGUUGGUUGGUGAAGCUAAAUAGGUUUGCAUCCCAAGCCCAGUUAUGGAACUCAUUGCCACAGGAGCAGGGAUGGCCACUGACCUUAGAUAGCCUUAAAAGACCAGUAGGCCAAUUGAUGGAGGAGGCGAGGCCUAUCGAGGACUUUGAGCCAGGAUGGAAGUUUUUGGAAGCCACAGGAGGGGGAGAGGGCUCCUGUGUUCACUUCAGAUCCUGCUUGUGUUAAUAUUUUAAAUUCCCUGCCCUGGAGCUCCAGACCACCCCUCCAUACAUCAUGCAUACAUCACAGAAGGGGUGUAACCCAAGCCCACCACCCCCAGAUACAUCAUACCUACAUCACAGAAAAGGUGGUCUACAGCAGAAAUCUGAGUGUGUUGUUUACCUCCUGUCUGGCAGGUUGCCUGUUUAAUGCUUACUUUAUUGGAUACCCUGGGGAGCCUGGCCAGUCUUUUGUAAUGAUAAAUUCUUAGUUCCUGAGCCAGGUCACAGGCUCACCCUAUUCAUACACAGACAUACCCUUAAGACAGGAUUUGUGAAGGAUAAGACAAUGGGGAGGCUUUUCCAUUUUCCUUUGACCUUGCAGAGAAAACAUUUGGUCAGUUUGGGAAUCAAAAAUGGUUUCAGGUCGGUCUUCCUGUGCUGGUCUAUGUACGUGCUUGGUUGGUACAUUUAUGAACAUUUAAUAUAUAUCUAAGACCUUAAAAUUCUUAUCACACUUGCAGCAGGCAUCUGGUUGGCCACUGCAAGAACAGGAUGCUGGACUAGAUGGGCCAAUGGCCUAAUCCAGCAAGUUCUUCUUAGGUUUUUAGGUUAUGCCCCCCCCCCCACACACACCAAGAGACACCAAUACAACACACACAAGACAUUGGGCAGACAAAAAGGUAAUUUGGUUUUUAGGUUUCUACAUUUGGAGAGAGGCAAGAAUUUUCUCUCAGCAGAAGGGCAGAUGUUGGACACCUUAUUUUGUGCCAGGCCUACCACGCCUUUCCCUGCUGCACAGCAGGCGGAAAUUAAACCGGUGCAGUUUCCCAGCACCGCUGGGGUGUGGCGCCGGGAAAGCUUUGCUCCUUGAACCCUUGCGAGUAGCGUGUAAGGUAGAGGAGAACCUGGCAGAAGAAGAGAGGUGGCAAUUUGAAGAGAUACUCAGGUGGAAGCGGUUCACUGUGUCCUUUGAAAGCGAUUCUUUGCAAGCCUUGAGAAGCAGGCGAGGCGGGGGGGGGGUGUGUGUGUCUUUUUUUAGAAGCAAGAGUCUUCAUUUUGCUUCGGCAUUUACACUUUGCUGAUACAAAGCUUCCCACUCUCCACGGGGGAGGCAGUUUUUAGUUCAUUGUUGAGUAAAUGAGAAGCUUCUAUCAGUCCUUGCUGGAGGGUUGGCACCUCACUCUGGCGGAUAAAUUCACACUUAGGCAAGAGAGGUUACAGGUUCCUGUUUCUCCCUUCCUUCAAAAGAAAGGGGAAAGGGAGAAGAAUAUUGUCUCUGCUUCAGAGACCUGCAUUCAGGCUUCAAAGCCAGACAGAGAAACAGCCACAACGGGCAGGAAGAAGGUUACCUUUCCUCUGCGUUAGAGAAACCUAGGCGCUAUGUGUCUCCAGCCCUUUCUCUCCACCUGUUCUCCGAGAUUGGUGAGCGCUUUGGGUUCGGAUGGGGCCGGAAAUCUGAUUCAGGUAGCAUUCGUAGGUGAAUCUGAUUUGCACCUUCCGAAACAAAAGUGAAGUGCAACACAGCCAUCGUUGGAAAUUUCCACAUCUCCGAAUCUUGCAGUGCCCUUUUCCAGCCCAGAAACAUAAACAAAAUUGCACAUCACUGUGUGCAGGAAAAUGCACGUUUUAUUUAUAUAUUGCAUUUAUACCCUACCUUUCCUUGAAGGAAAAGGGACGAAGGUGGCGCUGUGGGUUAAACCACAGAGCCUAGGACUUGCAGAUCAGAAGGUCGGCGGUUCGAAUCCCCGCGACAGAGUGAGCUCCCGUUGCUCAGUCCCAGCUCUUGCCAACCUAGCAGUUCGAAAGCACGUCAAAGUGCAAGUAGAUAAAUAGGUACCGCUCCGGCGGGAAGGUAAACGGCGUUUCCGUGCGCUGCUCUGAUUCGCCGGAAGCGGCUUAGUCCUGCUGGCCACCCAGCUGUACGCCGGCUCCCUCGGCCAGUAAAGCGAGAUGAGGGCCGCAACCCCAGAGUCGGCCACGACUGGACCUAAUGGUCAGGGGCCCCUUUACCCUUUACCUUUACUUCCUUGAAGGAGCUCAAGGUGGGCUACGUCGUUUUACCUGCUGGGGGCUGGUCCCCACUGAAGGUUACUCAGUGAGCUUCAUGGCUGAGCGGGGAUUUGAACCCUGGUCUCUCCCAGCGCUCUAUCCCAGCCCGGCAUUCUAACUGUUAUAAGAAAAACCUGCUCCUUUCCCCUUAUGGGGUAUCUAAGAGCCUUCCUUAAGAAGGUCCCCUAUCGGAAGGAGAAAACAACAGAGGCCAACUAGAGAAUAUUGAGAAGCAAAGCAGCUACUAAGCCUGAUCUUUAUUAACUGUUGCAACAGGGUCCCCGCCACUCACCACACGCAGGAGGCAGGAGGGACCCAGAACAGUGGUGCGCAAGCCCUUAUACACUGUAAAGACUUAUGAAAUUGCCCCCCCUCGUAGCCCAAGACCACCCCCCCCAAAACAACAUACAUACAUCACAGAAGGAGGCUGUCUACAGCAGAAAUCCUGUGUGCCAGGAUACCUAGUAAUGGUCACUGAUUGCUUUAACUGGUCAGCCUGGCCAUUCUUUUGUGAUGGUAAAUACCGUAUUUUUCACUCUAUAAGACGCACCAGACCACAAGACGCACCUAGUUUUUGGAGGAGGAAAACAAGAAAAAAAAUAUUCUGAAUCUCAGAAGCCAGAACAGCAAGAAGGAUCGCUACACUGUGAAAGCAGCAACCCCUCUUGCUGUUCUGGCUUCUGGGAUAGCUGCGCAGCCUGCAUCCGCUCCAUAAGACGCACACACAUUUCCCCUUACUUUUUAGGAGGGAAAAGGUGAGUCUUAUAGAGCAAAAAAUAUGGUACUUUAAUUCCUGAAUCCAGGUCACAGGCUGGUAAGCAAAAGACAAUGGGGGAGCUUUCCCAUUUCCUCCCUCACUGCAGAGAAUAUUUGAGUCAAAAUGACUUCGGGAUUGCUCUCCUAUACUAUUUCAGACACGUGGUUUAUAUACUUAUGUAUGUGUUUGCCUUGUAGAUUUAUGAACAUAUGAUUUAUAUAUAUGAGACCUUAGAAUUCCUAUAACAACCUGCCUCUCCCAACGCUCUUAUCACAGCCCAGCCUUCUAACCAUUGCACCACACCGGCAUACAAAUUGCAUGAUGUAAGCAAAAACUGCUUUGCAAAAAUGGGUAUAUUGGCCAAACUGCAGAUAAAGGUGGGUGAGUUAGGAGAAGUCUUCCCUUAAAAGCUGCCAAAUUGUCACAAGGACUUUUGUUGCUGUUGUUGCAAAAUUCCACUUAAGAGUGGAAAACAGAGAAAUUUAGAUUGACAGAUUUAUCCAUCCCUAACUGUGCAAAGAGUGAAGGAGCAACUUCAGCCGAUUUUGGAUGCCGCUAAGGGGGAGACUGACAGAUCCAACUUGUGGAUGGAAAUUCAGGGCCCCGUCCAUUGCCUUAUGCAACUGUGCUGACCUACCACUCGAUUUCACAGCAUUUUCAGUGGACCGUACCCUAGGCCUUAAUCCAGCUCUGCUUUUAAUUUUUAGUGUCAAGUUUGCUACUGACACUAACUUUUUCUCCAUUAAAAGAAGAGUCCUUUUUGUGCGUUGAGAAAUAUACAUCUUUGGAGCGUGUUCUCUUGUUCACAUUGCUAGCAAUAAUAUGUUUGCACAGUUGCACUUUUCAGCAAACCGAGGGCGUGAAAUGCAGGCGACAGAAUCCUUGCCCAAGUUGUGAGACGGAAAUGGCAGCUUUGUAUCUUUUCAGAUCCGAAAACGGUCCGUCUUAAAAAUAAAUAAAAAUGCCCUAAUUUCAAUUACCAUUUCUAACAAGUAGGAUGGCUUCUUCCUUAGGCGGUUUGCUGCGAAGUUUGGGAUCUAUUUAGGAACAUGAAAAGCUGCCUCGUGCAGAAUCAAACCCUUGUUCCACUAAAGACAGGAGUAGGGGAACAUCUGUGGCCUUGCAGAUGUGGCUGGACUCCCAACUCCCAUCAUUGCUGACCAUUGGUCAUGCUGGCUGGGGCUGAUGGGAGCUGGAGUCCGGCAAGCCUUAUGAGGAGUGGUUGAAGGAGCUGGGUAUGUUUAGCCUGGAAAAGAGGAGACUGACAGGAGAUAGGAUAGCCAUCUUCAUAUAUUUGAAGGGCUGCCACAUGGAAGAUGGAGCAAGCUUGUUUUCUCCUGCUCUGGAGGAGAGGACUCGAACCCAUGGCUUCAGGUUACAAGAAAAGAGAUUCCGACUAUAUGUUGAAGAAUCAUUGCUUCGACACUUGUGAUCUUUGCUUCUUCCAGUACACUGGUAUUUGUUUGCCUGUCUUCCCAAGUGAUGUGUAAAAUUUUUCAGUGACACCGUUGAUGGAAUCUUUCGAAGAGUUGGAGAUGGCGUUUAUAAGUGGUCCAUGUUUCACCAUAGUUUAAUAAACCACGGCUUAGUGUUAAGUGAGCAUCAGGGCUGUCCGAGGUAUCAGAAACAAGGCCUUCGAAACAAGGAGACCUAGCAGUAAGUGGGAACUCAGCUCUGAAUCUGGUUAGACCAGUUCUCUUCCUCUUUUCCUGUCCUUCCUCUUCCCCUGACAGUUUCACCUGCCCUUUUGAUUUACUGGUUCCAUAAAAAGAUAAGCCUUUCCCACAUCUGUGCACGUCCUUGAGACGCCUCCAGCUUUCUGAGUCUCCUGCCCUUCCCUAAAGAUUGCAGUUGCCAAGAGAGAACCGGUUAGGGUUGCCAUAUUUCAAAAAGUAGAAACCAGAGCACCCCAAAAGUUUGGUGGGAAAAGCCACCCAAAAACCCACGAUUUUUCGAUUGACUUGCCUAAGAUCCAGGACAAAGCGCCACCCUCCAGAAAUUCCCCCCAGACGUCACUUCCUCCCUUGAAAUCCCGGUAAUGUCUGGGAAAAUCCAGACAUAUGGCAGCCAUAGAAACUGUGCUGGUCUGGAGCUGAGCCUGGCAGCCUGUUUUCAAUACUGGGGCUUUGUAUUGGAGUACUGAAGUAGUGAAGAAAAGUGACUGUGAGCAUGCGCAAAGUGCCUUUCCCCUCACCCCUGCACAGCCUUAUCCUCCUGCACAAAUGGGUGUGAUCCUCUUUUAAAAUUUUCUUUCUUUCUGUGUUGCACUUACCGUAUUUUUCGCUCCAUUAGUCACACCUAGUUUUUAGAGGAUGAAAACAAGAAAACAAUAAUAUUCUGAACGAAACAGUGGAUGUAUGAUUUUUGUGGUUCAUGCUGUGGCCACAGACAUGUGAUUUGGCGGUGAGUUUGGGGUAGCCCAGUGCGAAAAUCCUGAGGAUCCAUGUGGAUCCGUGCUUUGUAACCACGUUUUUGCGCCAUUGCGGCCCCACGAAACAGUGGGUGCGGGUUUUUUUGGUGCAGGCUGUAGCCAUGGACAUGCUAUGUGAUCUGAUGGAGAAUUUGGGGUGAUCCAAUGCAAAAAUCCUGAGGAUCCAUAUGCUUUUACCUCCCCACUCCCAGGCAGCCUCCUUUAUCGCUAGCGUCCCUUAUCUCCCUCCUGAUCGCUUGCCGAUCAGCUGCUCAGCGGCUUCGUUUCAACACCCCUUCCCUCUUUCUAAAAAACAACAACAAAAAAACACAAUCUGCUUUUCACCCCUGGGCAAUUUGGCUCCAGGGACCACGCAUUCACUCCAUAAGACGCACAGACAUUUCCCUUUACUUUUUAGGAGGAAAAAAGUGUGUCUUAUGGAGCGAAAAAUACAGUAUAUCCCACCUUUUCCUUGAGGUGGCCUGCAUGUUUCUCCCCCUCCUCUGUUAAUCCCCACCACAACCCUGUGAGGUAGGUUAGACUGAGAGGCAGUGACUGGCUCAGGAUCACACCCGAGGGAGCUUCAUAGCCAAGUGGGGAUUCAAACCCUGGUCUCCCAGGUCUUAGUCUGACACUCUAACCACUGCCCUCCUGUGGCAGGGAGUUCCAUAGUUGAACCCUGUGCUGCAUGAAGAAGUUCUAAAUCUUCCCACAUUCAGCUUUAUGGGAUGCCUGCAAGUUUGAGUGUUCUCAGAGAGGGAGAACACUUUCCUCUAUCCAAUUUCUCGAGGCCUGUCUUCCUGUCUUCUAGACAACGGGGAUUAUCGGUUCUCGCAGGCAGCAAAAGAGAUGUUAACGCUUUCAACUGGUCUGGACUACAGGUGGGGUCUCCUUUUAUUUUAAUUUGCGCAGAGGGGAAUUCAGCUCCUCCUUUGAGCCCCUGUUUGCGUCUGGAAGUUGUCCAGUCCAGAAACAGCUUUCCCCUCCUUCUCUGCUGUUUGGGAGCAGCAGGACUCGUCCCCCCCCCUCCCCGAUCACUGAUUUAUUGAUUUAUGGAUAGAACAAAUUACAUCCUGCCCUUCAAAAUGGUGUUUCUAGGGCGGCCUUGCAGCCAAGCACAAACAAAACAAGCAACCAGUCCGUCAGAACAGGACAAUGUCAAGGAUAACGGAUAAAACAGGAUAUGCAAACAGCGUGGAAGACAUAAACAGGCACCUCCCAAGCUGUGCAGGCCUUCUGACCAUUUGCUAAGUCCCUGUCUCUCCUGGUUCCUGACUGCCUGAGGUCCUUUGCCAGCCCGGUGUCCUCUGGAAGUUUUGGACUACAACUCCCACCAGCCCCUGCCAACAUGCUCUGGGCGUUUCAGACUACAUUGGACCCUCGGGUUACGUUACCUUCGGGUAAUGCAACUUUCGGGUUGCGAACGCGGCAAACCCGGAAGAGCAUUCUUCUGGGUUUCGCCACGCACGCAUGCACAGAAGCGGCGCCUCUGCUUACAGAAUUUUCAGGGCGCAGACGGACACCCGGAACAAAUUAAAAUUCAUAUCCGGAGGGUCCACUGUACAGUGGUGCCUUGGUUCUCAAACGCCUUGGUUCUCAAACAACUUGGAACCCAAACACUGCAAACCCAGAAGUAAGUGUUCCGGUUUGUGAACUUUUCUCGGAAGCCAUUUGGAGUGCCACACUUCCAUUCUGAGUGUUACGCUGAGGUCUGUCUGUUUUUGCUAUUUAUUUUGCGUUUUUGUGGCUCUUUUUUUAUCUUGGUUUUGUGACUGUGUGGAACCCAGUUCAGCUACUGACUGGUUGAUUGUGUGACUGCAGUACAUUGUUUACUGCUUUCAUUUUAUGGAUCAAUGGUCUCGUUAGAUAGUAAAAUUUGUGUUAAAUUGCUGUUUUAGGGGUUGUUUUUAAAAGUCUGGAACGGAUUAAUCCGUUUUGCAUUACUUUCUAUGGGGAAGCGUGCCUUGGUUUUGGAACGCUUUGGUUUUGGAACGGACUUCCGGAACGGAUUAAGUUUGAGAACCAAGGCACCACUGUACAAAGCCCAUCAUCCUGAGCCAGCACAGCUGUGCACCUGGGUCAGCAGAGUCCUCUCUAGGCAUCAUCCACGAAACUGUCCUUUACUUACAUAAUGUUCCGCUACACUUUGUGGGCAGCUAUGACUCAUCCUCUGCUUUCCCCCAUUUCUUUAUUUUCAUUACCGUGAUCAUUCCUUUCUCUUCUGCUUUAUAUAGUCCAGAUCUAUCUUUCCUGGUAACAGAGACGUUUGAAGACCCUGACUGCUCUGGCGUUCAUUAAGAUAAAGGUAAAGGUAAAGGUGACCCCUGACCAUUAGGUCCAGUCGUGGCCGACUCUGGGGUUGCAGUGCUCAUCUUGCUUUACUGGCCAAGGGAGCCGGCGUACAGCUUCCAGGUCAUGUGGCCAGCAGGACUAAGCCGCUUCUGGCGAACCAGAGCAGUGCAUGGAAACGCCGUUUUCUUUCCCGCUGGAGCGGUACCUAUUUAUCUACUUGCACUUGGACGUGCUUUUGAACUGCUAGGUUGACAGGAGCAGGGACCAAGCAAUGGGAGCUCACCCUGUUGCGGGGAUUCGAACUGCCAACCUUCUGAUCGACAAGCCCUAGGCUCUGUGGUUUAACCCACAGCGCCACCCGCGUCCGUUAUCAUUAAGAUAAGUUUUGCUAAAAGUGCGUUGCUGAGACCUCAGACCUUAGAGCAGGUGCUCAGGGCUGAAGCUGCCGAAUCAGGACUGAGAUCACAACGCUUGAGGCGCUUAGCUUGCAUGUGAUCUGAGUGGGUGCAAAAAAUACCCCCCUCCCAAAACAUUUUUCUCAGAUUUAUUGCUUUCAGCUUGCAGAUGAUCUGUAAGAAAACUACUGUAGAAAGGGAAGGGAAGGGAAGAAAUUUAGUGAAGUCACUGGUCUCCCCAAAUCCUGGAGGUGACAGGAUAGACAUUUAUGAAAUUCUGCAUCCUUCCCUCAUAAGGGAGUCAGUCCAAUCCCUCUCUUGACCACUUUGGCUGCCCUUUCCCAAAUCUUUUCCAACUCCACAAUAUCCUUUUUGAGGCAAGGUGCCCAAAACCCUUCACGACUUGAGACCUCAGUACUUAAGACCCCGUCCCUUACACACCUCCCUGCAUCCUAAGGUCUAGGAAACCCCUUCUCUGUGGGGUUCCUCAACCUGAAGCUCAGAGGGGGCAACAAGAGAGACACCCCCCUUUGGUGGUGGCCCCACAUCUAUGGAACGCUCUCCCAAGAGAAGCCCACCCAACACCCCCUUUGUGGUUCUUUAGGUUAAGGUUUUCCUGAUCCUCCCCAUCCUUUUAAGAUCAAGUCCUCAUGUUAUCGGUGGCAGGCUUAAUUUAUAUUUUAUUGUGCUAGUUUUGCAUUUGGGCUUCUAUUCCGGUUCCCGCUUAUAAUCUUAUCGUGGCUCGAUUGCCGUAUAUAGCUUUAGGGUUGUUUUAUAUUCUUGGACUCGGACCGCGGCUAGAUAAGAUUAUUUUAUGACGCUCCUUAUCGGUGUAAUAAAUGAACGGAUUGUGCGGAAGAGAGAAGGGGCUUUGUUUUGUUUGAGCACCUGCCAUUCAUCUCUCUUGACUGCCUCCCUGGUCAGUUUCUCCCUCAAUAGAUGUUCAGGAUACGUCAUGGAGCGCAAUCUAACCCUGGAAGGUUUUGGCAGGGAGCCGGUUCUGGGAACAGCCGAUAGCCUGGCUCAUCUUGGCAUCAAAUGACACGUCUCACUUAUGAGACUCUGCCUGUUAGUUAAUGUUUAAACAGCCACCCUGCUCUGCUUCCAAACAACAUUAGCUGAGUUUUCCCAACUGACAUGAAAAGUGGGCGCUGCUCGCAUCCUGCUGUUCCCUGUCAUUAUGGAUAUGUGGAAAGGCAUGAUUCACACAAACCACAGAGGCUGUCGCUCCUUGAUGGCAUGUGUUUAACAGACGAGGAUGCAGCCUCGAAGACAAUUCCCACUUGAAAAAGGGACCUUAGACAUAAUGCAGCCCAACUCAGUAUAGUGUUCAGGGAAUGUUGUUGUUUAGUCGUUUAGUCGUGUCCGACUCUUCGUGACCCCAUGGAUCAGAGCACGCCAGGCACUCCUGUCUUCCACUGCCUCCCGCAGUUUGGUCAAACUCAUGUUCGUAGCUUCGAGAACACUGUCCCACCACCUCGUCCUCUGUCGUCCCCUUCUCCUUGUGCCUUCCAUCUUUCCCAACAUCAGGGUCUUUUCCAGGGAGUCUUCUCUUCUCAUGAGGUGGCCAAAGUCUUGGAGCCUCAGCUUCAGGAUCUGUCCUUACAGUGAGCACUCAGGGCUGAUUUCCUUAAGAAUGGAUCGGUUUGAUCUUCUUGCUGUCCAUGGGACUCUCAAGAGUCUCCUCCAACACCAUAAUUCAAAAGCAUCAAUUCUUCGGCGAUCAGCCUUCUUUAUGGUCCAGCUCUCACUUCCAUACAUCACUACUGGGAAAACCAUAGCUUGAACUAUGCGGACCUUUGUCGGCAAGGUGAUGUCUCUGCUUUUUAAGAUGCUGUCUAGGAUUGUCAUUGCUUUUCUCCCAAGAAGCAGGUGUCUUUUAAUAUUCAGAUAUCUCAAGGGCUGUCACAUGGAAGAGGCAGCAGGCUUGUUUUCUCCUGCUCUGGAAGGUAGGACUCGAACCCAUGGCUUCAAGUUACAAGAAAGGAGAUUCCGACUAAACACUAGGAAGACCUUUCUGAGGGUAAGAGCUCCCUUGGAAUGUGGGUGACUCUCCUUCGUGGGAAGUUUCAAAGCACAAGAUGUGUGCCAGCCCUGGAAAUGGGGCAUUGAUCGGGCCGGCAUCUCGCAGAUAUCGAAGGGAGUGGGGUGGGAGUUUGUGUCUGCUGGCUGGAGAACAGUUUCCCUACUCAUUUGCCAGGAUAAUGAUUUGUGCGGAUGCCGAGAGAGGCAGCAUUUCAUGGAAACAGCCUUGAGCCGAAGCCUUGAGCUUUCAGACCUGGAAGGGAUUAAAUUACGCAUUUGUGCAACUGAAGAAGUGUGCAUGCACACAAAAGCUCAUACCAAUAACUAACUUAGUUGGUCUCUAAGGAAUUUUUAAAUUUAAUUUGAUUUAUUUUAUUUUGUCUUGAUUUGUGCAACAGUGAGAGUUCGGUGUGUAACAAAAAUAUACGUGCACCAUUUCGUUAUUUGUUUGCCAUGCUCUAUAUCUCACGUUUCUCCAAAACACGAAUGGAGAGCCUCUGGCCCAGUGACAAAAUGUGGCCCUCCGGGCGUCUCUCUCUGGCCCUUGAGACUCUCUCCUGGCCACACCCCUCAGUGGCUCUGCUCUGCAACUUCCUCCAGUGGUUUUGCUCCGACUUUAAUUCUGCUGUUGAACUGGAUGGAGGGGCGCGCGUGUUUACAUGCGUGUAAAAAACCUCUGGCCUUUGCAUGGCUAGAUUGUAAACCAGUAGGGCAAAAGAAGAGGAGAAGAUCCUGCUGGAUCAGGCCCAAAUGGCACAUCUAGUCCAGAGUCCGCUUCUCACUAUGGCCAAACAGAUGACUGUGGGAAACCCGCAAUCGGGAUUCGAACACAAGACCCCUCUCCCCUCCUGCCGUUUCCGGCAACUGGUAUUCAGAAACAGCCAUGAAUUCUCCCAAUCCUCUUUCAAAGUCAUCCAAGUUGGUGGCCAAGCAAGGUCAAGCAUGGGGCUUCUUCUUCUACUUCUUCUUUUUAAAUAGUUUUUAUUGAAAAUUUCAACAUAACAAUUUAUCAAAAACAUAUCAUCCUCAUCCCCCCCCAAUUUUCCCUCCCCCCUCCCUAAAAGAAACCCACCCUCCCGGACUUCCCGCAGCUCCUCUCUCUGGUUUUUAAGCACAUGUUAUUUUCUGUGUAUUAUCAAAUUGUAAUGAUCCUUAAUUUGUCUGUCUAUAUGUUACCAAGGAGGGAGGCGGGUGGCGCUGUGGGUUAAACCACAGAGCCUAGGACUUGCCGAUCAGAAGGUCAGCGCUUCGAAUCCCUGUGAUGGGGUGAGCUCCCGUUGCUCGGUCCCUGCUCCUGCCAACCUAGCAGUUCAAAAGCACGUCAAAGUGCAAGUAGAUAAAUAGGUACCGCUCCAGCGGGAAGGUAAACGGCGUUUCCGUGCGCUGCUCUGGUUCGCCAGAAGCGGCUGAGUCAUGUUGGCCACAUGACCCGGAAGCUGUAUGCCGGCUCCCUCGGCCAGUAAAGCGAGAUGAGCGCCGCAACCCCAGAGUCGGCCACGACUCCUUUUCACGUAAUUUAUACGUCAGUUUCUCCAGUUCCACAUAUUCCAUUAGUUUCCCUUGCCGCAGUUUCUUUUGUCGGGAUUUCUUCGUUCUUCCAUCCAUGUGCUAUUAAGACUCUUGCCGCUGUUGUCGCAUACGUAAAUAUGUUCUUCAAUUUCCUUGGCAGGUCUUUUCCUACAAUCCCUAACAAAAAAUGCUUCAUGGGGCUUAUUCACUCUCCUACUCUUUAGCAUUCAAUCAGAGCAAACAGCAGUCGGGUUUUCUGCGGAAAACUGUUGCCGUUAGAGCUAUAUCGCAGGUUUUCUUUGGGAACAGAGCGCAACAAGGGGAAAACCGCUCUGACUUGUUCUUUCUAGCUAUGGGACAAGCGGAGUUGGGGAUUUGGGGACAAGGCCGUAGUUCAACUGUGCAAUGCAUGGAGAAGGACUUCCUUCCAGGUGUCCUGAAUCUUCAAAGCUUCAUGGGAUAUCUGCGAGUUCUAGCGUUACAAGAGAUGGAGAAAAACCUUUCCAUAUCUUCUUCCAUAUCUUCUUUCUCAUGAACUUUCCUCCUAUUCCCUCCCUCCCUCCCAUCCCUGCUCUGCACCUGGUCCUUAUCAUGCUUUGAUUCUCACCGAACCCGUUUUUCCGGAUUCUGCCAAUGUUGAGGCAGAACCACCAGCCUUUGAACAAACUGGGUGACUUUCCUAAAUGCAAAUCCACCCCACAACCAACACCACAAUUCCCCCCUCAAAGAUACACUAGGAAGGGCAAGGAAGAUCGUGGAGAGACGCUUGCAGAGGAUGGUCCUCACCCAUCCAACCAGUCCGCUAGGAGUCCAUGAGGACAAGGCCCUGGAAAGGUCUUCUGUCCUCUCCUUGGUGGUGCCUGCCUCUUACCUUGAGACUCAUCCGGAAGAACCAGAAUGAUGCCCUAGCUGGACUGUUGAUGUGGACCAGACCAAGGGGAGCGAGCAACUCACAUCUGCAGGGAAAGUUUGCAACGUUUGGGAUUUUUCAGUCCCCAGAAAAGGCAAGAAAGAGGUGAUGGGAUUUAUAAAAUCAAACAUGGCAGGGAGAAAGUAGACGGAGGGGGAGGUUUCCCUCCCUCCCGUGUAACUCUAGAACUUGUUGAAUGCGGGAAGAUUCACAACGGAGCAAAGGAAGCCUAUCUUCAGGCAGCAUGUGAUUAAUCUGUGGAACUCCCUCCCACAGGAAGCAGCAAGGGCCACCAACUAGGAUGGCUUUGAAAGGAGAUGCCCGGUGCUGGUAACACCCAAGUUGUGGGUUCGAUCCUUAUGCAGGCCACCAGCAUAUUCCUGCAUUGCAAGGAGUUGGACUAGAUGAACCCUGGGGUCAUGAUUCUGUGAAAUUCAUGGAGGAGGAGACGGCUGUCGACGGCUACUAGCCAGGAUGGCUAUGUUCUGCCUCCGUGGUUGCUGGAAACCCCAGGAGCGGAGAUCCAAGCGGAGAACACAAGACCAGUGUUCGAAUCCUACUCGCGGGUUUCCCACAGGCUUCUUGGUUGGCCACUGUGAGAACAGGAUGCUGGACUAGGUGGGCCAUUGGCCUGAUCCUGCAGCCAGGCUCCUCCUAGAGCUCUGCAAACAUGGAGAGAGGAUUGCAGGAAAACGUCUGUCUGGUGUCGGUGGCGCAAUUCUUCCAGUGUUGCUCAGAGCAGGGGCACAGAGGCUGCUGCCUUGCCAGUGAGUAGCAGACCCAGCCGAAGGCUGCCAGGCCCGAGGGCAUCCUGUGCCACGUCUCCAGGCCCCCUUUACAAGCAGCCCAUCUUCAAGCCGCACACCUAUACUUUGCCGUUUGGCUGCCUUGCCCACGGCCUGCCUUUCUCCCUUCCCUGUGGUUACUGGCAGCGCUCUUCAGAAGUGAAGCCCACAACUGUAAUUAAAUGAAAAGGGCCAUCAUUUUGGAUGUCGGGAACCUCUCCUGACACAUGUCUUGGUUGCUGGGGUCGGUCGUGACGAUGUGGAAAGGAGAGAAGGCAGGGACUUCUGCUCUGUGCAGCUCAGGGGGGGCUGGGAAGCGAAACCCAACCCAUUGGACCUCAUUGUUCUCAGGCCCAGUGUUUGGAGAUGCCUGAGCGAAGCGCUGCCGCAUGCAGAAGACCUCGAGAUCAACCCCCAGAGUCUCUAGGCAGGACUGGGAAAAGACUAAUCUAAAAUCCCGGCUGGUGCACACAAAACUGGGCUAGAGAGGCCGACGGUCUGGCUCCCUAUACAGCAACUCCCUCUGUUCCUGGUUGAACCCUUCAUUCAAAACUAUGAGGACUAGCAUCUUAGCUCAGUGGUAGAGUCCUUGCCCUGCACGCAGAAGGACCCUGGUUCAAUCCCCAGUGCCUGAAAACCCCGGAGAGGUGCUGCCGGCCUGUGUAGCCAAGGCUGGACUGAAUAGAUGGUCCCCUUCCACCUACUGAGAUUCCUGCAUUGCAGUGGGGUUGGACUAGAUGAGCCUUGGGGUGCCUUCCGAUGCUACAAUUUUAUGAUUCUGUGACAGGCAGGGAGCCCGGAAUGGCGCUCCCGUCGGCCCCUCUCGCAGCCAAAACCCAGGAAACGAAACUUGCCCCUUUGGAAUCGCACUCAGAGCUUUGUGCCGGCCCCCGACGGCUGGCUGGCGUGAGGGAGGGAGAGCACAGGGCCAAGAACUUCGUAUCAGCUGGUGGACAUCUUCCAGCUGAAGAGGAUAAAAGCAGGCUCCGUGCGAGGUGGAUUCCAGAGGGCAAAUCGCUUCGGGGGAUUUUGCAUUCCACCACUUCUCCGCUCUGGGCCUGGGGCUCAUCAAAGAGGGCUUGAAAAUCAGAGAAUUGUAGAAUCGGAAAGGACUCCGAGGAUCCAACGCCCUGCAAGGCGGGAAGACCCAGCUGCCCCGUGCAAGGAGAGAAGCUUCUCCUGAAUCGGUAAGGCUAUGUGUCCUGUCUUGGUGUCCCCAUACAAACUAGGCUCAUCCUGACAUCUGCUUCAUCAUUUCUUUUGCAGUAUAUCUGUGUCUUCCUUAGGUGUUUGAGCUGCUGCUCUGUAGGAUUUCAGUGCAAUGGGUUUCAGUGGAAUGGACUCUCCUUCUUUGGAGGUUUGUAAACAGAGGUUGGGAUGACCCUCUGUCCGGGGUCCAACUCCCCAGUUCCAUGUUCCUACGAUCUCUAUGGACUUACUUCUGGCCGAACACGCCCAGUUCUGGACUGUACAUCUCAGCUACGGGGCCGAGGUCUUGCAAAGCUCGCUCCAAAGUCCUGAGUCGCAUUGGAGUCUCUGCGAAGCUCUCAGAAAGUCUGAGAUGCCAGAACAUAUUUGGGAUUUGAGGCUUAGGAACACCGGAAGCUGUCCUAUACCAAGACAAACCACUGGUUAACCUAGGUCAGUAUUGUGUGACACAGACUGGCAGCAGCUGUCUGGGGUUUAAGGCAGGGGCGCUUUUGCCAACCGGCCUGGAGACGCUGUGGCUCAAAACAGGCACCUUCUGCAGGCCAAGCAGGUGACCUACCACCGAGUCACCGCCCUUUCCCUAAAUUGUGAAUCUAAUGAAUCGUAUGGCUUAUGAAUCUUAUGGGAGGCAGUGUGGGGUAGUGGUUAGAGUCUUGGACUAGGACCUGGGAGACCAGGGUUCAGAUGCCAUCACUUGGCCAUGAAGCUCAUUGGGUGACCUUGGGCCUGCCACUGCCUCUCACCCUGACCAGCCUCACGGGGGAUUAAAUUGGGUUAGACCAUGUAUGCCAUUGCACAAAAUAAAUAGAUAAAUAACAGGGAACAUAGGAACCUUCAGCUGUGACCCCUGCAAUGGGGCUGGAGUUUAUGAUUUGGCGAUAGGAAUCUGCCAUUUACCAAGUCAGACCCUUGGCCCAUCGAUCUCAGCUUCGUCCAGACUGGCUGGCAGGGGCUCUCCAGGGUUUUGGAAAAUGGGGGUCUCUCCUAGCCCUACUGGGAUAUGCCAGUGGCGGUUGAACCUGCUUGCAAAGCGGUGCUCUACCACUGAACUACGGCCUGGAAAUUGGUGCCUGCCACCGACAUGCCUGCUUUCUCCUUCUUGUCACCUCCCAGCUCGCUAGAGAGAGUCAAUAUUGACUUGCAGCCGAGCGAUUCCUUGCCCUGUUCUGCAAAGAACCCGGAUCUGCUGCAUGCAUCCCGCGCAGGACUGGCGAGCACAGAAAUUUCCUUCGCCCGCCCGGCCCCAUUGCCCGUUUUCCCUGCUGUGCUGCUGCUGCUGCUGCCUGGCUGCUGUGGGGUCUUCUCUUGCUCCCCCAAGGGCAGAGUUGGCCACACGGCUGGCCUUGAUGGGUGACUAGGAGGAGGAGGAAGCAAAGGGCAUGGCUUCAAGCUGCGCUGAUUCAUCAUCCACAUAAGACCAUAAGAAGGGCCUCGCUGGAUCUGGCGAAGGGCCCAUCUAGUCCGGCAUCCUGUUCUCACCAUGGGAAACCCCUCAAGCAGGAUCCGAGCUCAAGAGCAACUCUCCUCUCCUGGCAUCUCCAGCAACUGGGAAUCAGAGGCUGCCUUUGCUGCCUGCCGUUUGGAAGCCGCUGCUGGCGACAAUUCAUCACAGAGUUGGGGGGAAAAGGUUCAGGAAAGGGCCACCCAAACGAUGGAGGGGAUGGAGUAGCUCCCCUAAGAAGAAAGGUUGAAACAUUUUAAGUUUAGAGAAAAGACGAGCACACACUUCGCUUUCCCCUGCCGCUUCCCUGCGGGGAAACUUGCUGCUCACCGCUGAAUCCCAGCAAAUGUCAACUGGGUUUUCUCAGAGGAAGGGGACAGAGAGACCUUUUUCUCCCUCUCGCUAGAACUUGGAGGCAUCCCGUGACGCUGAAUGUUGGAAGAUUCAGGACAUCUUCAUGCAGCGCAGAAUUAAACUGUGGAACUCCCUCCCACUGGAGACAGGGAUGCCCACAAAUCUGGAUGGCUUUAAAAGAGGAUUGGACAAAUUCAUGGAGGAGUAGAGGGUGAUCAAAGGCCGCUACCCAUGAUAGCUGUUUUCUGUCUCCAAAAGUCAGAGGCAGCAAAGCCUUUACUGGAAACUGCAGGAAUAUGCAGCUGUCCCAUACGGGGAGCGAACCUGCAACCCUGGCGCAAUCAGCGCCAUGCUCUGACCCAUUACGAACGAGGGACGUCAACCUUUCUUGGACCAGCUUUGGAAAAAGGGCUUUUGAAUCCCCUCCUGGGAUGUCAGAAGGAAUAAGUAUUAAAAAAAGAAGAGCUGGGGUUUUUUAAAAGUGGUAUUAGUAGGAAACCAUCAAUUUUAAUUCCCUGCCAAGAGCGCAUGGAGCGGUUUGUGCAGAUUCCAGCAGCUGUUGCGAAGCGAGACGCAAUUACCUGCGCAGGAAACAGAUCAAGGUGCCAACACUUCGUCUCUCUAAGAGCAUAAAAAUAGCAGCCAAGUGUGGCACGACUGCGCUCGGUUUCUCUCUGGUGCUCCCAGGGACCUGUCACAGACUCUCUGUCUGCUGCUGAAAGCCAUGUAACUUUGGAGUCAGAACUGCUCAUCCAAGGCCUAAGAGCAUCAGAAGAAGAGCCUGGCUCCUGGAUCAGGCCCACGGGGGCUCCUCUCAUCCAGAAUCCUAUUCCCACCGUGGUGAACCAGUUGCCCCAGAGGGAAGCCUGCAUGCAAGAUCUAACCACUAGUCAACAUGGUCAAGCUCGGCCUCUGUACUUGCCGAAAACCAGUUUCUGGAAACCACAGGAGGGGAGAGAUGCUUUCGCACUCGGGUACAGCCUCUGGCUUUCCCAAAGAGGUCCCCGGUUGGCCCCUCUGAGUACAAGGUGCCGAAGCAGAUUCUUCUUCGGGUCGUCAGGUCACAGGGAUGGCAACUGAACGGAGGAGCUUUCGGGACACUUGAACAGAAGUCGUUCUCCAUGCAGCACCUCGUUAAUCUGUGGAACUCCCUGCCACAGGAGACAGUGAAGGUCACUGACCUGGAUGGCUUUGAAAGAGGAUCACCAACAAUAAUAGAUUGGCAAACACUCAUGAGUGAGUAUUUUCAGUUAGCAAAGCUGACUGGAAAAGUCAGGGGAGCCCUGAACCAAAAAGCAUAACAGAGAACGGAAACUAUUCAAGGAAUAUAUAAGGAUAUAUUGUAAUAACGAUAUUAUCCUAGCAGAAUUGAAUGAUGCUUGUAUAUAAUAAACAAAUGAAACAAACAAACAUCUUAGAAGAAUAAAUAGAAAAUGUUAUAAAACAAACUGUGCGAUAAAAUCAUGACGACAUAAAAAGUACAGUGAGAACGAUAGGAAGUUUUUCUCAGAAGACUUUAUUGGAUAAGAUAUGAUGCUGUAUAAAUAAUUGGCUUUUUAAACUGAUUUUCUUUUUGUUAUUGUUAAUUAUUUUUAUGUAUUUUCUUUCUUUCUUUCUUUCUUUCUUUCUUUCUUUCUUUCUUUCUUUCUUUCUUUUCUUUUCUGUUCUUUUCGGGUUCAACUCUGCUGUACUCAUCUGUAAUGUAUGAUUGUAUUUUAAAUCAAUAAAGACAAUUUUUAAAAAAAGGAAAAGAAAGAAAGAGGAUCAGACAGGGUCUUGGAGGAGGGAGCUAUCAGUGGCUGUGUGAAGAGCUACUUUAUUUUAUCCGUCCUGGGUGUGGGGAGGGCGUCCAUGCGCUCAUGUCCACCGUGAGGAGAGCAGGGUGCUGGACUAAGAUGGGCCUCCUUUGGCCUGAUCCGUCGAGCACUUCUUAUGUUCUCAUGACCUGAGUGUGACAGCCCCGCUCUCCCUGCCUGAGAUUCCUGGCAGUGCUGAAUAGCCAUCUUCAAAUCCUGUAUCUCAAAGGCUGAUUUCUCCUGAACCAAAGGCUGCUGCUGUUAUGAUUGCAGCGGCGUCAGCGCGGAGAAGCAGGCAAGAUAUCCUCUUACCCUCUUUGGGAUACUCCAGGCACUCGUUUCGAUUUGAAAGCCAUGUAAUUGCCCUAAAGUGCACUUACGGGUUGACUUUACGUCAGAGGCUAAAAACGGCUCUCUCUUCCUUGCUCAGCGAUGCCAGCUAAGUAUUUCGGGAGGUCUGCGGUCCGCCUGUGAUGACAUGGCUAGCAGAGCUGCAAUUUAUCCCUCUCUUUCUCCCCCUCCCUGGCCCCUGUGUGGCAGCAAAAAUAGUCGAGAGGUAGCCAUGAGCUCUGUUUUUCCCAGUAGUGCUGUAUGGAAGUGAGACCUGGACCACAAAGAAGGCUGAUCGCCGAAGAAUUGAUGCUUUUGAAUUCUGGUGCUGGAGGAGACUCUUGAGAGUCCCAUGGACUGCAAGAAGAUCAGACUGAUCCAUUCUGAAGGAAAUCAGCCCUGAGUGCUCACUGGAAGGACAGAUCCUGAAGUUGAGGCUCCAAGACUUUGGCCACCUCAUGAGAAGAGAAGACUCCCCGGAAAAGACCCUGAUGUUGGGAAAGAUGGAGGGCACAAGGAGAAGGGGACGACAGAGGACGAGAUGGUGGGACAGUGUUUUGAAGCUACCAGCAUGAGUUUGAUCAAAUGGCAGGAGGCAGUGGAAGAUAGGAGGGCCUGGCGUGCUCUGGUCCAGGGGGUCACGAAGAGUCGGAAACGACUAAACAACUAAACAAAAGCCACGAGACAGCCGGAAACACCAGCCCAAUUUGCACCACCUGGAUCGCACGGGAGGGUCUAGGCUUUUUCCAUCUCGUCUCCUUCCCAAUUCUUCACUCCUUUCUGCUCUAGUUUGGCUCCCUUUCCUCCACCCCCUGGAAAUGGCUCAUAGAAGAAUCAUAGAAUUGUAGGGUUGGAAGGGACCCCCAGGGGUCAUCUAGUCCAACCCCAGCAAUGCAGGAAUUUCAGCUAAAGCAUCCCUGGCUGGUGGCCACCCAACCUCUGCUUAAAAACCUCCAAGGAAGGAGAGUCCACCACCUUCUGAGGGAUUCUGGAAAAGAGGAGACUCGAGGAGAUAUGAUAGCCAUCUUCAGAUAUCUUAAGGGCUAUCACAUGAAGGAUGGAACAAGCUUGUUUUCUGCUCUGGAGGGUAGAACUCGAACCAGGUCCUGCCCUGUGGAGCAGCAGGAAACAGGCUGGCACCAUCUUCCAUGUGACAGGUGAUUUUUAUCAGAGCAACCUCUGCCAACCUGGUGCAGAGGACGCCAGCACAGCCUGAUGGGAGUUGUAGUCCAACGAAUAUCUGGAGGGCACCAAGUGGGCAGAGGUUCCUCCAGUAGAGGAAGCUGUCAAAGGUAAAAAGGAAAAGAAAAAGGACCCCUGGAUGGUUAAGUCCAGACAAAGGCGACUAUGGGGUUGCGGCGCUCAUCUCGCUUUCAGGCCGAGGGAGCCGGCGUUUGUCCACAGGCAGCUUUCUAGGUCAUGUGACCAGCAGGACUAAACACUUCUGCUGCAACGUAACACCGUUACGGAAACCAGAGCACACGGAAAUGCCGUUUACUUUCCUGCUGUAGUGGUACCUGUUUAUCUACUUGCACUGGUGUGCUUUCGAACUGCUAGGUUGGUAGGAGCUGGGGCAAAGCAACGGGAGCUCACUUUGUCACAGGGAUUCGAGCCGCCGACCUUCCGAUCAGCAAGCCCAAGAGGCUCAAUGGUUUAGACCACAGCACCACCCAUGUACCUAUCAAGGUAAAGGUAAAAGGUAAAGGACCCCUGAAUGGUUAAGUCCAGUCAAAGGCGACUAUGGGGUUGCGGCGCCCAUCUUGCUUUCAGGCUGAAGGAGCCGCCGUUUGUCCACAGACAGCUUUCCAGGUCAUGUGGCCAGCAUGACUAAACCACUUAUGGCACAACUGAACACCAUGAUGGAAACCAGAGAGCACUUAAAUGCCGUUUACCUUCCUGCCAGAUUGGUACCUAUUUAUCUACUUGCACUGGUGUGCUUUCAAACUGCUAGGUUGGCAGGAGCUGGGACAGAACAGCAGGAGCUCACCCUGUCGCGGGGAUUCGAACCGCCUACCUUCCGAUCGGCAAGCCCAAGAGGCUUAGUGGAAGCCAUUAAGUAGAUGACCAUGAGGUGCUGUGCUCUUUGUGGUGCUUAGUCGAACUUGUAAGAAGUUCUUCGGGAUGCUUAGUUAAUCCUACAUCAUGUGGGAACAGUUUUUGCGAACUUGGAAGCCAGUUUCCACUGGAAAAUUUGAUGACUAUCUGAAAGAACUUGGCGCAGACUUUGCCACCAGGAAGAUGGCUAAUGUUGCCAUGCCCAAUGUGAUCAUCAGUCGCAAUGGAGACGUUAUAACCAUCAAGAGACAGCAGUUUAAGGAACACUGAGAUUUCCUUCAAAGGGGUGGCGGGGAGAGUUUGCUGAGACCACCACAGAUGACAGGAGAGUAAAGAACGUUGUGGCGUUAGACAGUGGGACAUUCGAUCAGUUGCAGAAAUGGGAUGAGAAAAGAGAUGGCAACAAAAAGACGAAGAGCAGAUGGGAAGCUGGUUGUGGAGUGUGAAAUGAACAACCUUAUCUGCACCAGAAAGCAUGAAGACAGACUCCUUUCCCUGUGUGGUUAAUGGGACAUGGAAACAGGAAAGUUAGCUGGUUCGGGGAGCAGAGCCCCACAAGACAGUCGUUUUCUCCAAAGAACUGAGACGGUAUUGCUAGAAAUACCGUAUUCCCAAGAACUUGUAUACAGUAUCCAACCUAAAAGCAUUGUGACUAUUCAACAAAGUGCUUAAUGAAAAAUAAUAAAAAAUAAUGUAAAUAAUAAUAAUAAUAAUAAUUUAUUAUUUAUACCCCGCCCAUCUGGCUGGGUUUCCCUCAGUGGAACUCCCUGCCACCAGCUGGAUGGCUUUAAAAGAGGAUUGGACAAAUUCAUGGAGGAGGAGAGGGCUGUCCAUGCCUCUUGCCCGCAAUUGCUCUGCCCUGCCGCCACGGUCAGAGGCAUCAAUGCUUCCGAAUGCCACUUGUUGGAAACCACAGCAGGAAAGAGUUGCUCUUGCGCACGGAUCCUGCUUGGGGGUUCCCCACGGGGGCAUCCGGUUGGCCACUGCAAGUACAGGAUCCUGGACUAGAUGGGCCACUGGCCUGAUCCAGCAGGUUCUUAUGUUCUCAAUCGAGGGAUUUAUUGUAGUUUUACUCCAUAAGACGCACCUGACCAUAAGACGCACCUAAUUUUUAGAGGAAGAAAGGGGGAAAGCCCCUUUUUUGAGGAUCAGCUCAAAGUUGUUGAGCUUACUUUGCAAAGGGGGAAAAUCCUGUUUUUAUGGGGUUCAACUCACAGUUCUGCAGCUUCUUUAGGAAAGGAAAGGGAGCCGUUUCUACAGUUUCCAGGCAGAUAAUCUAAUCAGCCAGUCCCAUGUCGCUGGGGAAACAAACAGCCUCCGUCUGCAGAACAUUCAAAAAUGGAGGCCUGGGCAAGAGGCUGGAAAGGGAGCCAGCGAUCGACCACGCAUUCGCUCCAUAAGACGCACAGACAUUUCCCCUUACAUUUUAGGAGGAAAAAGGUGCGUCUUAUGGAGUAAAGAAAUAUGGUAAUUUUCGAAUGUGGGGUUUGUCGUCUUAAGGCUGCACUAAACCUUUGCUUUUCUAAUCCACGAGCGUUUCAGUUGUGAGACUGAAGUCAGUACGGUGUCCUCCCAGCUUCUGCAAAAUUCACUUUCCCCCUACAAUUUGUGCGCGUGCUGGCAAGUCCGUGCCACGCAGCUGGCUCUGGUUAGGAGCGCAGCUGCUGUCUACCCACUGCAGAGAACAAUCCUGUGCCGCUUAGUCCAGAAAAGUAAAAUCUCCGGAGUGCACCUUUUGGUGCAGCAGGACCGUGUGUUUCCAAAAAUAUCUGGAAAAGAGGGAGAUUUGUGCCUUCAAGGAGCUUAGCGUCCGGCUCAGUCAAGGAAGUGAAGAAAUGUGUUGAAUUGGAGUGACGAGGGCGUGCAGAUGGCUUGCUGGAGCCAAAGCUGCGCACCUCUCCUUGGGGAGGGCAAGAGGCGCUGCAGGAUCCGUGGCGUAAUCUCUCCGUCUCCCGCGAAACAAGCGCAGGUUAUCCCCAGAUGAGUUUCAGGAGCCAGCCAGGAAAAUAGAGGUUUGCUUUUAUUCGGCGUAAUGGCAGAUAAGCUGUCGGGUGUUUUGAGCACGCAUCGCGCCAAUCGGUUCCUUGGCGGAGAGGAGAGCGGCUCGCUUUUUCCCGGGGAUCAAAGGGAAGGCUUCCCAGAUGAGAUCAAAUAGCAAAAUGUAAAUCAAUGGAAAUGUAUUCCUGCUUCCUCGGCAGCCUAAUUGGCACGGGGAAGCAGGGCCUGGCUUCAAAGGCAGCCGUGGGGACCCCUAGAGGCCUCGCUGCUGCGGAGACUGAGGGCAGGCAGGAUGGCUGGGUCUCGAAAGCGGCCUAAGCGCCUGCUGGAUCAGGCCAGCAUCCUGUGGCCAACCCAGGGGAGCAGGAUGCCAGGCUAGAUGACACUGUUGUCUGACCCAGAGGGGCUUUUCUUACUUUUAGUUAACCACACAUUUUAUCUGACAGAUUUUAUCUUUGUGUGAAAUCAAGAGGUGUCAAACUAUGCCUGCUAAAAAAGGUAAAGGGACCCCUGACCAUUAGGUCCACUUGUGGCCGACUGUGGGGUUGCGGCGCUCAUCUCGCUUUAUUGGCCGAGGGAGCCGGUGUACAGCUUCCGGGUCAUGUGGCCAGCAUGACUAAGCCGCUUCUGGCGAACCAGAGCAGUGCACGGAAACGCCAUUUACCUUCCCGCUGGAGUGGUACCUAUUUAUCUACUUGCACUUUUUGGCAUGCUUUUGGGAAUGCACUGCAGAAGUUACAUUUUUGAUAAUCUGAGGGUGACUGUGCUUGUAGCACUCAACUUCAGCUGUGCUCCCAGAAGCCCUGAGCAAACUGGGGGUGAUGGGAGUUGUAGUUCAAAAGCAUCUUGAUUGCACCAGGUGAGGGAAGGCUGAGGUGCACCAAGGGAAAUUGUGUGCCACUGUUGAAGUGAGACAUCAGAGGGGAGUCCCCAGUCCUCUUCCAGUCCUACAGUUGCUUAGCACAUCAUGUCGGAUAAUAAUAAUAAUAAUAAUAAUAAUAAUAAUAAUAAUUCAGUGGUGCUUUAGAUCAGGGGUCAGAGGGCUGGUCCACUGUCCCUCAGACCUUGUGGGGUGCUGGACUAUAUUUUUUGGGGGGAAAUGAAUGAAUUCCUAUGCCCCACAAAUAACCCAGAGAUGCAUUUUAAAUAAAAGGACACAUUCUACACAUGUAAAAACAUGCUGAUUCCCGGACUGUCCACAGGCCGGAUUUAGAAGGGGGUUGGGCCGGAUCUGGCCCCCAGGCCUUAGUUUGCCUAUGCAGAUGCACUCUGUUCUUAUAGGUACCAAAAGGGUUUUAUUCUGUGUCAUUAGAUCUGCUCUCAUAAAAUCUAUAGUGCUGCCACCUAGUGGAUAAUGCAGGGAAGCAGCUCAGAGACUUCUGGGAGCCUCAAUGGUUUUCAACCAGUGUGCUGUGGCACCCUGGGGUGCCUUGAAUGAUGGUCAGGGGUGCUGCGGACAACACUGGCCUCUGUCCCGCUUUCCUUCCCUCCCUCUUCUGAUGCCCUCUCAUGACUCUGCCUCCCAAAGCCUUGCACAACUGUCUGUUGCAGCAGCCCUGCCUACAAGCUUUGCAGGCGAAUGGUGCUUCUGGGGCAGGCCAGGGGGUCAUUCCUAGGCCCCUGUGGGGCCGUGUGAGAAGGCACCUCUCUUUGGGGCAGAGUGGGGGGCAGUUCAGAGACCAGGGGCUGCAGGUGCGGCUGCCCAGAGGACUCCCAAGGAGAGGGGAGAGGAGAGGAGGCUGAGGGAACGCUCCACAAGGGAGGGUGCUCGAAAAGGGGUGAGGGGCUGCCAGCUCUGCAGGCAAGGGGGGACAUAAUUGGGGUCCUGAGCCCCACAGGGGUGCCGCAGAAGGAAUGUAGUUGGUCGAGGGAGCCAGGGACUCAAGAAGGUUGGAAACCUCUGGCCUAAUUAAAAUUCUCUCUCUGUGUGUAUAUAUCUGCGGAAAAUGUUCAGAUGGAUUUUCUCCCAUAAAUUCUAAAGAUUCGAUGCCAAACAACGUUGAUGUCAAACAUUGCUUCUGUGUGUGCAAGACGUUUGGCACCAGCUUGGCAGCAGGAGUUGCCCGAAGGAAGCAGUACAGUGGCACCUCGGGUUACAGACACUUCAGGUUACAGACGCCGCUAACCCAGAAAUAGUACCUUGGGUUAAGAACUUUGCUUCAGGAUGAGAACAGAAAUCGUGUGGUGGCGGCGCAGCAGAAGCAGGAGGCCCCAUUAGCUAAAGUGGUGCUUCAGGUUAAGAACAGUUUCAGGUUACGAACGGACCUCCGGAACGAAUUAAGUGCUUAACCCGAGGUACCACUGUAUAAGGCGCCAUCCAACCGCCUUAGGGACUCCACUCCAGAUUUGUGUGGAGCAGGCAUGUCCAAAGUCAGUUUCAGGGGCCUAAUCCGGCCCGCCGGUCAGUUUAAUCCAGCCCCUGUGGCAGUUUAUUUCCUGGGGUAAAAUCCUAAAAAAAAACCCUCAACAACUUCAAUCCUAAAAAAGGUGAACAACUUCGGUUGGCCCUUUGGACGGCCCUCACAACGUUUCACUUCAUCAAAUCUGGCCCUCUUUGAAAAAAGUUUGGACACCUCUGUAGGUUUUCCUCCUGAGCCUUUCUUCUCCCGAAGUUAUCCGCCCCGCCCCCACGCAUACGGCUGACAAUUUUCUGAGCAUUCUCCAAGUAUUUAUAUCCCCAUUUCGCAUCUUAUGUCAAUGGGUUUCAGUUGCUGAUAUUUCACAGUCAAGAGUCAACAGUCGCUCCUGGAGCCAUAUUGAUGCUAUUUUGGGGUGGGCCAUCUGUCGGGGCCCCACCUGAGGAGGAGGUGGGGGGCAUUUCAAGUUGGAGAUAAGAAGGCAAACAUCAUAUUAUCAGCGCUUGCUUGGGAAGUUUCACUCAGCUGGGCUGGGAUUGAACCAGCCCGCCAGAACCUGCCGCUGAGUCAGACCUCUUGGGGUUCUCCAUGUAUUUGCAGGAUCCCUUUGUGGCGGCUGCCCAUCCCUAGCGAAGACCGUGGGAAGGAAGCAUCCAUCCCAUAACCAUCCAGUGUGAGUGCUGACUGUCCUCAGUGGGACUUUGUUAAGUCUCAGAUGGCUUAAAAAGAGGAUUUGGCUAAUUUGCGGAGAGGGCUAUCGAUGGCUACUAGCCAGGAUGUCUACCCUCUGCCUCCGCAGUUGGAGGUGUUGUAAAUAAAAAUCUGCCCUUUUUCCCUUAUGGGGUACCCAAGAGCCCAUAUAGAGUCCUUACGUAGGUUCCCUAUAGGUAGGAGAAAAUAACAACCAGAGAAUAUUGAGAAGCAAAGCAGCUAGUAAGCCUGAUCUUUAUCGAUCUGUUGCAACAGGGAGCUCACUGCCACAUGCAAGAGGCAGGAGAGACCCAAACAAUGGCACAUAAGCCCUUAUAUAGACAUUUUAAAUUGUCCGCCUUGGAGUCCAAGACCACCCCCAGAAACAUCAUACAUACAUCACAGAAGGGGUGUAACCUAAGACCACCCCCCAGAUACAUCAUACCUACAUCACAGAAAAGGUGGUCUACAGCAGAAAUCUGAGUGACUUGUUUAUCUCGUCUGACAGGUUUCCUGUUUAAUGGUCACUUGAUUGGAUACCCUGGGGAGCCUGGCCAGUCUUUUGUAAUGACAAAUACUUAGUUCCUGAGCCAGGUCACAGGCUCACCCUAUUCAAACACAGACAGACAUACCCUUAAGACAGGUUUUGUGAAUGAAACGACAAUGGGGAGGCUCUUCCAUUUUCCUUGACCUUGCAGAGAAAACAUUUGGUCAGUUUGGGAAUCAAAAAUGGUUUCAGGUCGGUCUUCCUGUGCUGAUCUAUGUACGUGCUUGGUUGGUACAUUUAUGAACAUUUAACAUAUAUCUAAGACCUCAAAAUUCCUAUCACAGAGGCAGCUGUGUUUCAGAAUCCCAGUUGCUGGAAACUGCAGGAGGGGAGAGGGGUCUUGUGUUCGAAUCCUGCCUGCUGGUUUCCCAUGGGAGAACCUGGUCGACCCCUGGGAGAAGAGGAUGCUGGGAUACUUGGGCCAUUGGCCUGAUCCAGCAGGCUCUUCUUAUUACCUUAAAAGGGGCAAGAGGAGCCAGCCGGGGUGUAGGUCUGGACCUGGACCAUAGAAUCAUAGAACUGUAGGAGAGACCCCAGGGGUCAUCUAGUCCAACCCCCAAACCUGCAAUGCAUAGCAGGACGUCUGGUGCCUUUCCUGCUCCUUGCCCUGCCUUUGCACCCAGCCUUGUCAAACCCUCCCCUCAAUACCUGACCCCCCCAGGCUUUUUUCAGUGCUGUUUGUGCCUCCCUCCCUUGUGCAAAAAGCGCUUCUCCAGUUCCACCUGGUGCAGUGGAAAAACGAGCCCCUGCGCCUUUGAAAUGGGCACAAUGGCAGGUCUCCGCAAUUCAUUCCCUUCACAAAAGGCCCCCUUGAAAGCCAAGCGCUGCUGUGGUCCCAGCCCGCCUGAUGUUCUGCCCAGGAGGAGGAGUGGGGCACUUUGUGGGUAUCGGUGUUGCGCAUCAGGUUUCGGGGCUUCAGACCUUUCCGUUCCGUGGCUUCUUGGGUCGAGACGCAGCCUCCUUUGUUCGGCAGUCUUCUGGCGGGCGGGCAGCGAGAAACGACUCCGGGUGGCUGAUGAAAUAUUUAGAGGCUCGGCUUGUAAGCCGGCAAAAAUGAUAGGCCUGAUUAAUAAUGAGAGAGCUUGGAAAUGGAUCCACAGACCCACUUUGCCACAAUUGCCGCCAUCUGACAGGCAGUGUGCUUUUGCAAAAGGAGCCGUGUGUGUAUUUGUGUGUUUGUGCUGGGGCUGCAGGGAGGAGAAAACGAGGGAUGUUCAAAAUUCUCAUAAUCUUCAGGUUUGGGUGCCUAAACUCCAUUUUUGCAGCCUCAUCCUGUUUGCUGAAUAUUCAGUGGGGAAGCGGGGCUCUGUCUUGGCCCUCAAUUGCCCAUUGAUCUCUAAAUUCCUGAAAUAAACCAAACAAAUCAAUACAAUCAAAAGCAGGGUUGCCGUAUUUCAAAAGGUAAAAACCAGGACACCCCGAAAGUUGCUGAGGCAGCCCUAAUCAAAAGAGCAGAAGUACAAAAAAAAGCAGCACACUAUAUCUGAGAGAGACUGAAUAUUAUGGAUGAGGAAGUACUUAAGGCCAUUAAGGAAGUCAAGUUUCAUGUUGCACUGGACGGAGAAAGGCCUGUGGGUCUAAAUUUGUUGCACAUGAGAUAAAAUCCCACCAAAUAUAGGGCGGCUGAGUGGGAGGAGGCAGGCAGACUCUGGAGGCACCGCCCCAUGGGCAGCUCGCCCCACCCUCAGCCCGCGCCGCCCCAGGCGCCCGAGCGGCUUCCUCUGCCACUGUUUGAUAACAUGUAACUUAUGAGUUAUUUCCCCCCCAGCUAAUGCUAAACUCCACAUAUUUUUCAUAACAAAACAGAAGUUGCAAAUCCUGCAUUCAUUUUGGGGGAAUACAGUGGACGCUCGGGUUGCGAACGUGAUCCGUGCAGCAGGCACGUUCGCAACCCGCAGCUGCGCGUCUGUGCACACGCGGAUUGCAAUUCGGCACUUCUGUGCACAUGCAAAGCGCGAUUUAGUGCUUCUGCGCAUGCGCAGGCGCCGAAACGCGGAAGUAACCCAUUCCGGUACUUCCGGAUUUCGGCGGUCCGUAACCCGAAAAAACGCAACCUGAAGCGUCUGUAACCCGAGGUAUGACUGUAUGAGGUUUUGGCAGCUGAAACCUUUCAUAACAAGCAAAGCUGCAAUGAAGUUGGAAUGGGGCGUUUUGAGGGAUUUGGGUCAUUUCUUGGCAAACCAUUGCCCAGAAUUUGAAUCCUUGUGGUCAGUCCCGCCAUAGGUGGGGGAAAGUGCCUAUUUAAAAAAAAACAGUUCGGAGACCAGUUCAGGAAAGGGCUUUCUUUGCUAGAGCGUCCAGCCUGAUGCCUCCCGCAUGUGUUGCAUCAGGAAGGUUUUGGGCAUCGCAGGACAGUUUCGAAGAUGCGCUCUCUUCAGCCCACAUUCCCAGGCUAUUCACACUGCUGUCUCAGCAAUGUCUACACUGACUUGGUCAUGUCCACAGAACAGAAGAUGGCAGGGUCCCCGGGGAUGUUCUCUACAGGGAGCUGGCUUCAGGUGCCAAGCCAGUUGGCAGACUAACUCUGCACUACGAAGAUGUCUGCAAACAUGCCAUGAGGGCUGGCAUCACCAACCUGCCCUGUGGGAAUCCCUUGCGGACGACUGCAGUGCCUGGAGACAGUCAGGUUGUGCAUCUCUAGCAGUGACCAGAGGAGGAAUGACCUCUGGGAGGAGAGCCGAGAGGAGAAACGCCCGGGUGCAUCUGCAACAGCACAACCGGACGCCUUCCUCUGCCCCAGCUGCAACAAAACAUCUCUCUCCCCUAUCGGUCUCUACAGCCACAGCAGGUGCUGCAGGUGUCCAACAGUGUGCCUUCACCCCCAAAGGAGCACUUCUCCACUGUCUCCCAAGACGGACAGAUGCCAGCAAAUUCUCUGCCGGCCGGUUCUUUGUUGGCAACCACAGAAAGGUGAUUUCUUAUCACCUGAAGCUGAACUUUGCAUUUAAUUUUUUUAAGUGUUGCAUCUCUUCCAACCAAUAGAUAAUACUUUACAGUUUGGCUUACAUUGACUCUUUUUGCCUAGUUCUGCCUACAAAAUCAGUCCCUGGUUUUGCUGAGUUAAAGACUGCCGUGUUUCUCUUUAAAUCUGCUCUUUGCCUGCCUUGGGAAGCUCUGAGUUUCCUUUACAGUUUGAGACAGUUCUGGGUUACAAGCCAGACACUUGAAGGUGGAGGGUUCUUUUAUCCCAGAAUCCCAGGCGUGCAACCUGAUAAUCUCAGUGCCUGAGAGGGGCUUAGCUUGCAGUCUCCACUUUGGAGCUGAGUCUACAAGCCCACCUCAUGGCUACAACAUCCAGGUUUUUUUACAUGCACAGACACACCCCCUGCACCCCCUGGCUUUGUGCAACAUCUUGCCCAAUCGAGAUUUCUGGAGAACUCAGGAGCUUGCAAAACUCCUGCGGCAUUUUGGUCGCUCUCAGAAAAGGUGCUGCCUCACACAGAAAGGAUAUUGCAGAAUUGGAAAAGUUUCCGAAAAGAGCAACCCAAAUGAUUGAGGAGAUGCAGCGAUUUCCUCCCCUGUGAGGAAACUCCCCAACCAAGAAAGAUUGCAGCGUUUGGGACUCUUUAGUUGAGAGAAACGUCGAGGAAGAGGUAACAUGAUAGAAGUUUAUAAAAUGAUGCCUGGCCGAGAGAAAGUGUCUAGGGAGCAGUUUUUCUCCGUCUCUCAUAUCACUAGAACUCAUGGACUCCAAGGAAGCUGAAGGUUGGAAGAUUCAGGACGGGAAAAACAAAGCCCUUCUUCAGGCACAUAAUUAAGCUGUGGAACUCCUUGCCACAGGAGGCAGUGAUGGCCACCAAUGCAGCUGGCUUUGAAAAAGAAUCAGACCAGGGGUCACCAAACCUUUUCAGCAGCGGGCUGGUCCACUGUCCCUCAGACCUUGUGGGGGGACGGACUAUAUUUUGGGGAAAGAAAAGAAAAAAAGAAUGAAUUCCUAUGCCCCACAAAUAACCCAGAGAUGCAUUUUAAAUGAAAAUAAAGUCAGGUCCCUGAAGAUUUCCAGAGGGGUCACUGUGUUGCAGCAAAAGCCGUUUUUAAUUCUCCACCAACAACACUGUUAAACAGUGGAACUCACUGCCACAGGAGGGGAUGGUCACUGCCUGGGAUGCUUUUAAAAGAGAAUUCUGCAAUUCAUAGAGAUUUGCCACAAUGGCUAUUCUCUCUGUCUCUACCUCGGAGGCAGCAGGGCUUCUGAAUCCCAGUUUCUGGAAACCACCGGAGAGGAGAGAGCGGUUUCCCACGGGGGCACCUGGUUGGCCGAGUCCUCUUUGAAGAGGUGGGGGGGCAGAUGAGGAGCUCUUUGCCCCCCUGACCCCGGAGCCAGGCUCUGCUUAUCUCCUUAGGGUAGUCGGGUCACAGGGAUGGCAAUUGAAUGGAGUAACAUUCAGGACAGAGCAAUGGAAAUAGGUCCUUAUGCGGCACAUGGUUAUCCUGUGGAACUCCCUGCCACAGGGGUGGCCACCAACCUAGAUGGCUUUGAAAGAGGAUCAGACAGAUUCUGGGAGGAGGAGAGGGCUCUCCGUGGCUGCGUGAAGAAAUUCUUUCUUUUAUCUGCCCUGGAUGUAGGGAGCGUGACUCGCACUCGUGUCCUGCUUGUGAGUUUCUGGAACAGGAAGUUGCACUAGAUAACCCUCUGGUCUAGUCUGACCCAGCAGGGCUCUCCCUGCGCUUACUGAACAACAAGCUUUAUCUCUGGGCGAAAGCAGAGACUGUGUUGAAAUACGCCUCUGAGGAGGAAACAAAAUUGCAUUGCAGAAGUUAAAUUUCUGAUAAUUUGAAAGCGCUUGAAUUUCCUAACAUUGCAGCACUUUGUAGAAAUCUUUUGUCUGAUCCGUGGUGCCUAUUUGAUUUUUCCGUUGAGAGCCCGUUUUAAAUCUUUGAGUGUAAUGUGUAGAUAUAAUUAAAAUUGGAUCUUGUGUUGUGUUUGUGUGUGAUGGGGGAGCUGAGGCUAAUUGGGUCCCGCUUUCGAAUCUUGCAAAUGGCUCUUCUUACAAGAGGGAGCUUCCCUCUGUGAAGCUGCAAAUUUCAUUUCUUCCUUCGUAUUUCCUUAGCCUGCCUUUUGGCCAUGCAAGCACCCCACCCCAAGCAGCAAACAAUAAUUAAGAUAAGGUUCACAUCAACAGUAUAAAAUGAUGUCAUGUGCAAUAGCUGUAAAUCAGAAUUUGCAUUGUUUUGUUUACAUGAAAGCUUUUUAGCUCAAGACGUUUGGAGAGGAAUGUAAUUUCCCCAAUUAAGGAAUGAAAAAGCAAAUUAUAUGAAUAUGCAAUUAUGGAUAAAUUACGCUGUAACUAAAGGAAGAAGACAUAAUCCGUUACUGUGAUAAUUGGCUUUGGCUUAUUAAAUUAUUGGAACAACGAUGAAGGGGAGCGUUUCAACUUGUUGACAGUGAGGCUGCAAUCCUGGCUAAUUUACUUGAGAGUAAGUUCCAUUGCUCUUGGGGGGACUUACUUCUGAGUAGCCGUGUGCAGGAUUGUGUAGGCUUGCACUGUUAUCAUGGUCACAGAAAUAACUGAAGUGUGCCGAUAAUCAUCUAUAAACAUUGUGAUUAGGGUGGGAUUAGUUGAUGUAUAUUUCCAGAUGUUUCUCUUACGCAGUUUUAAAAAUUCUCCUAACUUUCUUCAACAAGGCCUCUGAGGCAACUUUAUUGAGAUGUUGAAAUGCAGAUUUAUUUAAACGUUGGCAGUUGGUUAUUUGGAGGGGAGAUUUUUCUGCAAAAGGAUGCUGCAAACUUUGGCAGCUCUGAAACACUUCUUUCAAAAUGGGACUUUCAGGCAUUUCAGCUCUGAGACAGGAAACACUUUUCAAGGGGCGUUAUGUGUCUCAUUAAUACGGGGAUCUUUCUUCCCCAUUUACAAAUAAUAAAGAUUUUAAAGAUUUAGAAAAACAAGAGCAUUCACCAGCAGACUGAGAAGAAAGGUUCUGCGUAGGCACUGAGUGACCAUGUGCUUCGAUAUUUGUGUAAGAAAUAAAACCGUGCCAUAUAUAUUUAUGGGUGGGUGGGUGUCGUUUGAGCUCUGCCCUUUGACUGCUGCUGGCUCAUGAAAUAUCUUCUCAAGACGGGUUGUUCCCAGGUCUGUGUUCUAUGAAGACCACCCCCCUCCACCAGUUGACAUACCUUCUCCCAACAGGCUGUGCACAUGUAGUCGGAGACUAUGCCCGCAUUGAAAAUGCCUCUGCUCUUCCCUUUUCAGCCCACUCCUGGUUCUGGGAGACAGCAAUGCAAGAGAGGAGAGGAAGCACUUGGCGCUUCACUUGCCUGGCCUGCCUCUUCCUCCUCUUCUUCCUCAUCCUCCAGCUCAUCCCUCCAACUCCAAAACUUCCCCUGCCUCUGACUCCUGUCUCCUGGCUGGCACAGUUCCCCACAAAUCACUGCCCCCCUCUCCUGAGUAAGACUCAAGCCCCUCUGCCCCCGGUGCACACUUGCCAGCGAAUACCCUCCAACAUUUCUCUGGUGAAAAUAGGGAUGUCCUAUUCAACAACAACAACAGUUUUGCAAUUUUUACCACACUCAACUGACUGAGUUGUCCUAGCCACUCUAGGCGGCUUCCAACAUAUAUCAAAACAUAAUAAAACAUUAAAAAACUUUCCUAUAAAGGGCUGCCUUCAGACGGUUCAGGGUUUGAAUAACUCCAUCCCCUCCAACAUUUCUACUGUGAAAAUCAGGACGUCCUAUUCCAUCCCCUCCAACAUUUCUCCCAUUAAAAUAGGGACGUCCUAAGGAAAAGUGGGGCACUCUGGGGUCAAAUAAAAAACCGGGACGGCUUCUGUAAAUCCUGGACAGUCUUUGGAAAAUAGGGGCAUUUGGGGGGUCUUCCAGUAUCCGGCCCGGUCCCUGACAUCUAGGGUUGGGAAAGAGACCCCCUGCCUGAAACUCUGAAGAGCCUCUUCCGGUCAGUGUUGACCACACUGAGCCAGGUGGCCCGAUGGCUCCGACUCCGUAAAAAGCAUCUUCCUACAUGGCCCAAGAAUCACAGUUUCCCCACUCCAGUUUGAAAGGGAUCCUGCGGACAUUAGUGCCGGCGUUUGGGCUGCUGUUGGGUUUCUGACGCCCUGUUUCUCUCCAGUGCAGGAUAGAGUGCAAGGAUGUUGCGGCAGAAACCCUCUAUGACGUCCUGCACGACAUCGAAUACAGGAAAAAGUGGGACACAAACGUCAUUGAGACCUUCGACAUCGGCAAACUGACGGUCAACGCCGACGUGGGAUACUACUCCUGUGAGACGCUGGGGGAGUUUGUGCGGGCGGCUCUUGUCUAAGGCAGCCUCUGCCAAAGAGGGGCGUUCCAGAUGUUUGGAACGGCAGCUUCUGUCGGCUGAGGCUCUUGGGCGCUGCGGCCCAAAUCAUCUGGGGGUCCCAGAUUUGGAAAGGCAGGCUGCCACCAGUUGCCGUUAUUUUGAGCCAUCAGUUGCCUGGAUGUUUUUGCCCAGAUGUUUUGGCCUUCCCCAAAACAGCCCAGCUGUGCUGGCUGGGGUUGUUGGGGGAUGCAGCCCCAAACGUCUGGAGGGUGCCAGGUCAGCAGAGCCAAAUCUAGGGGUCCCUCCUGAAACUGCAGCCGUGUUCAGGUCGACCCCGGAGGAGAGGGCUGUUGAUGACUUACUAGCUAGCAGCCUCUUCUGUUCUGUCUCAGGGGUCCCUCCCACACCUUUGAGGUGAUGCUGACAGCCACCUAAGGAAGCUUCGCAUACUCAGAGGGCACUGGAUUCUGGAUCAUGGCCUUAUGGCUGCAGUGCCUCCGCCAGCACAUCACCCUUAAGGCACGGGGCAUUUAACUUUACUCUUCGGUGACAACAUCAAACGUCAGGGGUGCCCAAUGACGUCUGCCCUUUAUGCUGCAGCAAUCCAUAGGAGCCAACUCCUAGGGGCCCUGGGGGCUUUGCCCCCCCUAAAAUAUUUGAGGGGGCUGGGCUAUGGUUACCAGAUUUUUUUCAAUGAAUCCGGGGACACUUUUUUUCUUUGAAGCUGAGUAGCAACAGGGAGUCAGUAGUGGGGAUGGUGAGGCAAAAGACCCUGGGCCCAAGCACACAUGCAUGUUGUAUAAAGGUGCAAAGCCCUUCUUUUGCACCCUGUGAAACAUAAAUGUGCAGAGUUUUUUAAAAACUGGGCAACGGCCGCCCGCCUGCAACUCCCGAGCCUCCCCCGGUCAGUCAAAGCAAAGGGGGCAGGAGAUCUGUACCGCUGGACGUCCCCGGUUCCCCUUUGGCAGUGGCACUGAGCAGCCUGGAGCCAGCUUGGUAGCGCAGUUGGCUCUGGCUGGCUUCAGGAGCUGCUCGCUGCCCACUGCUGUGGCGCCCGCCAUUUUUCCUCACCAGAAGUUCCGGCAAGGAAAAAUGGAAGGCGCCACAGCAGCGAGCAGCGAGCAGCUCCUGAAGCCAGCCAGAGCUGAGGCUGCCGCUGCCACGUUUUCCAGGGACAGAUUUGCAAAUCUGGGGACUGUCCCUGGGAACUGGGGACAUCUGGUAACCCUAGGCUGGGCCCCCACAUUGUUCAAAUGGUGUGUGUGCACUGCGUCGUGAUUGAUUAUGUGGGGUGGGACUGACCCUGGGCCCCCUCAAUAUUUUAUUCAAGUUGGCCCCCCAGCAGCAAACUAACCUGGAAGCUUCCCCUGCAAGUUUAACUUGCAUGCAUUCAGACACACUUUGGAAACUCCCUGCCUAGUGAAAUCCUCCGGGCUCCUUCCCUGCAUUUUUUUUGGCAUGUGCUAAAGGCAUUCUCCCUUGGGCAAGCCUGUCUAGAAGUUUAGAAUGCUGGUGUGUUUUUAGUUUAUCGCUGUGAUGUUCUUGUCGUUUUAUAGAAAAAGAGUGCUUUAUUUGUUUUUAGUUAUAACCUUGAUGCUUUUUUCCUGCCAUAAGCCGCUUUGAGGGUUUUUUCUCUACACAACUGAGAGGCAUAUAAUUUUUUGGUGUGGAGUUAUAAAUACACAAUAGAUUUGCUGCAGGAGAGGGGUGAGAGUUGUUAGUUGCAGGCCAGGAUGUCUGUUUGCUUCUCCUGAGAUGACCUUCCCUCUCCUCUCCCCCCGCUUUUUGGCAGGGAAAUGCCCCAAACCCUUGAAGAACCGAGACGUCAUCACCUUGCGCUCCUGGCUCCCCAUGGGCAACGACUUCAUCAUCAUGAACUACUCCGUCAAACAUCCCGUGAGCGACAGGCUUUUUCUGGAGAGGGGGGAGCAAGGAGGAGGGGUGUGCAUGGACGAUGUUCCGUACACAGACGCGGGUGAUCUAAACCACUGAGCCUCUUGGGCUUGCCGAUCAGAAGGUCGGCAGUUCGAAUCCCCACGACGAAGUGAGCUCCCAUUGCUCUGUCCUGGCUCCUGCCAACUUAGCAGUUCGAAAGCAGGGCAGGGCAAGUAAAUAAGUAGGUACUGCUGCAGCAGGAAUCUAAAAGGCAUUUCCAUGCGCUCUGGUUUCCAUCACAGUGUCCUGUUGUGGCAGAAGCAGUUCAGUCCUGCUGCCCACAUGACCCAGAAAGCUGUCUGUGGACAAACGCUGGCUCCCUUGGGCUGAAAGCGAGAUGAGCGCCGAAACCCCAGAGUUGACUUUGACUGGACUUAACUGUCCAGGGGUCCUUUACCUUUUACCUUUACCUUGAUAGGGACAUGGGUGGUACUGUGGUCUAAACUACUGAGUCUCUUGGGCUCGCCGAUCGGAAGGUCGGCGGUUCAAAUCUCCGUGACGGAGUGAGCUCCUGUUGCUCUGACCCUGCUCCUGCCAGCCUAGCAGUUCGAAAGCACAUCAAAGUGCAAGUAGAUAAAUAGGUACCGCUCCAGCGGGAAGGUAAACGGAAUUGCACCAAAAGCGGUUUAGUCCUGCUGGCCACAGAACCUGGAAACGCCAUCUCCCUCGGCCUGAAAGCAAGAUGAUGAUGAUAAUAAUAAUAAUAAUAAUAAUAAUAAUAAUUUUUUAUUUAUACCCCGCUCAUCUGGCUGAGUUUCCCCAGCCACUCUGGGUGGCUUCCAAUCAAGUGUUAAAAGCAAUACAGCAUUAAAUAUUAAAAACUAAGAUAGCUGCUUAAAGAGAAGAUGAGCGCAGCAAUCCCAGAGUCGCCUUUGACUGGACUUAACCAUCCAGGGGUCCCUUACCUUUUACACAUGUGCUAGAGUUUUAGGUGCUGCAGAAAUUCUGGGCUUGAGCUUGCAGCAAGUGGCAUGCCUGUUAUAGGAAAAACUAAACAGGAAGGAUUGCCCUUUGGGAUGCUUUAAUACUGGGGUCCUGUACGGGGCACCCCAGGGGCACCAUGGUGCCAUAAGACCCCCCCCCCCGGUAUCUGCAAAGGGCCUUUCCCCCAUUGUUAUUUGUUAGAGCAGUUGCCUGUGGGUGGGUGGGUGGGUGGGGUUUUUGGGGAGGGAGACCUUGCUUUUUGGUCUGUUUUAUUUUCUUUGGGUCUCAGCGUUUCGACCAUUUUGGGGUGGGGGAGUUCUGAGCGUUGCCAGGGUUUCUUCUGUGAAAUGGGCAUUUUGGGGUGCCCAUGACUCUUCCUUAAAUUUCCACGUGUGCCCCCAGCCCUCAAAAAAGGUUGGGUGUUCCUAAAUUAAUAUAAUGUAAUUCCAUUUUUUACCCUGACCCUCCAGUGGACCCCUUAAAAACCUGCAAACAGAAACGAAGAACCAAAUGAGGAAAUUCAGGGGGUUUCAGGGAAUGUCUGGAGGAGAUUCUGCUCUGAAGACACCGAGAGACAGAAGUUGGGUCCUCUCAGCCAGAGCCUUUUCCCCAAUGACAUUUUCUCACCAUCACCUGCCCUCUCCCAAAUAGACAGACCGUUCUUUUGGGAUGGUUAUUAUAAAAUGUUUAAAAUGUAAGUCUGCAGUUCAGAAGCGGGCACCUCAUUUAAAAAGCUAAACACAGUUCUGGAUCCCAGACCAUGAUAUCAUAUACCUGUAAAUAAUACCUUGCCCAGAACCACAACUUUGCUGUGGGCAGUUUUUUUAAAUGUCCAAACAGAGCAUCUCUAACCUGGCAGUCUACACCUCCCAGGAGCCCCAGACAACACAGUUGUGUUUUUUCUAAGCUGUGAGCUGUUUUGCACCAGCAGAUCAGAGUGAAAACGGCACCAUGUUAUAUUGAAUCAGGAGCCCUUUUUGAUGUCCUGUUGGGGAGGCACGUGUGGAAAUGUAAGGAACUCUUGUGGGCGACACAAAACAUCCAUUUCACCUCCCCGGGGUGCAAGCCCAGGCAGUAUGCAUGGAGGUCCUGGGCUGCGCAGAUGGCCUUGCUGAUGUGGUCCACCAUCCAACCGCCUUAGGGAUCCCACUCUGCAUUUGUGUAGGAUUUCCUCCUUUCUCCUUUUCUUCUCCCAAAGAUACCCCAGAAGGCAGCAGAGUUUUAGGACCAGUGUUUUCCUUCUCCAGGAUGAGCUCCCUUCUUCUUCACCCUUCGACCCCCUCUUGGUCUGGUCCGUUCCAUCCAUCGGAUCCUGUUUUUGGGAAACCAGGGAGAAAAACAUGAGAGCAAGAGUCCUCUUGCCUCCCAUGGUUUCCAGCAAUGGGGAUUCCCCCACCCUCAACACCCCACACAACUCCCACAGGGAGGUCUAAUAUAAUAAUAAUAAUUUAUUAUUUAUACCCCGCCCAUCUGGCUGGCUUUCCCCAGCCACUCUGGGCGGCUUCCAACAGAACACUAAAAACAGAAUAAAAAAUCAAACAUUAAAAGCUUCCCUAAACAGGGCUGCCUUCAGAUGUCUUCUAAAAGUCAGGUAGAUGUUUAUUUCCUUGACAUCUGGUGGGAGGGCAUUCCACAGGGCGGGUGCCACCACCGAGAAGGCCCUCUGCUUGGUUCCGUGUAGCUUUGCUUCUCGCAGGGAGGGAACCGCCAGAAGGCCCUCGGCGCUGGACCUCAGUGUCCAGGCUGAACGAAGGGGGUGGAGAUGCUCCUUCAGGUAUACUGGACCGAGGCUGUUUAGGGCUUUCAAGGUCAGCACCAACAACAGCCCCCCCCCAAGAAGCACAUCUUUCCCCUAAAUUAACUCCAGAUCUGGAGAGAGGAGGGAGCUCCUUUCUGGCAGUUUGGGAGCUGCAAGGAUGGUCGUCCUGGCUGGCUUAUGGCAGAAUUUCAGUUUCACCUGUCUUUCUGUUUUGUUUUUUGCCUUCCCCAGAAAUACCCUCCUAGGAAAGACAUGGUGAGGGCCGUCUCCAUUAAAACUGGUUACCUGAUCCAGGGGAAAGGAGAAAAGAACUGCAGCCUCACUUACCUGGCCCAGGUAGACCCCAAAGGUAAGGUCCAUGAAGAGCCACAAUUUCUUGGGCGGUGGUGUCAGUGUCCUGGCUCACGAUGAACAGUGACACAACUUCUUAUUUUAAAAUAUUGCUCGUCCAAGCUUCUUCCUUGCUCCCGGACAAUAAAGUUGGAUAAAAAUCAUAGAGUUCUUUCUCUCUGCAAGAACGCACACGCAUGCAUAAGAAAAUGAGAACAGGCUGCUGGAUGAGGCCCACGGCCCAUCUAGUCCAGCAGCCUGUUCUCAAGGGGUGGAUCGGAUGCUUGUGGGAAAUAAUAAAUAAUCAUAAUCAUAAUAAAUUUUUUAUUUAUACCCCGCCCUUCCCGGUUCAAAAACCAGGCUCAGGGCGGCUAACAACAAAUUUAAAACACUUUAAAACACUUAAUUAUAAAAGCAGCAUAAAAUACAGUAUAAAAACAUGAAUAACAAUAAAAUUCAAAAUUCAAUUAGAUAAUCCCCAGGGCUAGCUGGCUGAAUUGGUCCUACUUGGGCCAUUGAGGAGGCCAGGGGAGAAUUAGCUGUGGGGUCUCAGAGCGGGUGAUCUUCAUAAAAGGGGAGGGGGAGGGAAGAGAAGGGAAAUAAAAGAUCAGGCUGAAUUCGAAUUAAAGGCCAGGCGGAAUAGCUCUGUCUUACAGAGGUUAGGAGGUUAAAUCCUGCAGGGCCCUGGCCUCAUGGGACAGAGUAUUCCACCAGGUCGGAGCCAUCACUGAGAAGGCCCUGGCCCUGGUGGAGGAUAGUCUGACUUCCUUAGGGCCUGGGACCUCUAAACUAUGGUUAUUCAUGGACCUUAAGGUCCUCUGCGGGGCAUAGCAAGGAGAACCUGAACGCAAGAGCAACUCUCCCCUCCUUUGGUUUCCAGCAACUGGGAUUCAGGGCUCAGCCACACUUAGCUUUGCUCUCAUUUCCAGGCACAGGUGCAAUCUUUCUAGGUCUGCUGCGUUCGAGCAAAUAUUUGUCCCCACACCUUUCUCUGCAAAAAAACCCUGCUGUUUACUCCUGAAUUGGCAAUCUGCGGGAAACCCAAAUUGCUGUUGGUUCUGAUUCAGGGUAAAUAUUGGGUUUUCCUGGGGAAAGCAGCAGAAAGGGAAAAAAGCGCUUGGAUACGGACUGGGAAAAUGCAGACCUGAAAAGGGUGGGAUGAAUGGUAAGUGUAAAUGAACCCUCUGAUACUCUGCUUCCUCUGAUUUUGGAUGAAUUCUCCUCCAUGAAUUUGUCCAACUCUCUUUUAAAGCCAUCCACGUUAGUGGUCAUCACAGCUGUCAACGUUUCUGUUAUGUACUGAGUUGAAUAGGAUCCAAAAGGCAGCAGUCUGAUUGGUCCUAGAACAAUAGGAUUCGGAAUGCAGCAGUCUGAUUGGUCCACAGGAGCCACCCAAUCCAGCUCCAGGUGGAAGUGAAUCCGCAACCUGAUUGGCCUACAGGAGAAUCCCGGAAUUAGCCAAUCACGUGCAGCCCAUUGUGUAAAUAAUGUAUAUAAGGCAGACAUUCUGGGGGAACUUCCAUUCCUCCUCACCACUAUGAGCUGAAUAAAGAGCAUGAAAUCCACUCUCGACUCCAAGUAUAUUUCAGUUUGCUUUUUUAAAAGGGAAAUUCCCUUAUUCUGAAUAGGAUUCCUUGCAGGAAAAGGGAAAAGUUGACAGCUAUGGUGGCCAUCAGUGCCUCCACAUGUUUGACUAUGUGCUGCGUGAAAAAGUCCUUUUUUAAUUCUGUCCCGAAUCUCCCAUCAAUGGAUGCAAUUGAUAAAAGCUCCAAUUUUAUGCAAGAAAUGUUGCAUAAUUUAUGGUCAGGGUUUAGGGAUGGUUGUUGCAGAAUUAUUCAGGCUAUUUUUAGCAAAGCAGGGAGAGGAGGAAGCGGAGCCAGCAGAGCCACAUUCUCUGCAGUCUCAGCCACCCAUUAAAUCCUCUCCUCUCCAGCUUUGCCCCUAAUCAGCCGUGUCUGAGCCCAUAAAGGCCCUUCUCUAGUUCUGACCUUGGAGUCCGUCCAGGCUGCCAAGAGAACGGCGUCUCUGCAACGGAGCCCCUGUGCCGUUCGGCAGCGCGGAAUUUGCUAAGCGCCGGCGAUUGACGCGGGGAGUUUGCAGGCACUAAAGCUGGGCAGAUUUGGGAGUUAUCCUUUUUUUAGUCCUUUAAGCACAAACUCCAGCUGUGCAGAGGAUUUCUGCCAGCUUUGGAGAAGAUGAAUCUUUGGGAAAGGUGAAGGACACUGAGGACCAUAAGAACAGAAGCAGAGCCUGCGGCUGGAUCAAGCCAAUGGCCCUUCUCGUCCAGUAUCCUGUACUCACUGUGGCCAAUCAGAUGCCCUAAAGGGAAACCGACAGGAUUCGAACACAAGACCCCUCUUCCCUCCUGCAGUUUUCAGCAACUGGCAUUCAGAAACAUCGCCGCCUCUAACUGUGGAAGCAGAUCACAGCCAUUCUGGCUAGUAGCCUUCGAUAGCCCUCUCCUCCUCCUCCUCCUGAAUUUGCCUAAUCGCCUGGAGAAGAAGAGACAUUUAAGAGGCGAUAUGAGAGCCACCUUCCAAUACAGUGGACGCUCGGGUUGUGAACAUGAUCUGUGAUACCUCGGGUUACAGACGCUUCAGGUUACAUAUGCUUCAGGUUACAGACUCCGCUAACCCAGAAAUAGUACCUCGGAUUAAGAACUUUGCUUCAGGAUGAGAACAGAAAUCGUGCUCCGGCAGUGCGGUGGCAGCGGGAGGCCCCAUUAGCUAAAGUGGUGCUUCAGGUUAAGAACCAUUUCAGGUUAAGAACGGACCUCCGGAACGAAUUAAGUUCUUAACCCGAGGUACCACUGUAUCUGGAGGGCUGCCACAUAGAUGCUGAUGGAGACAAUCCAUUUUCCUUUGCUGCAGGCUCAGAAUGUAGGACCUACACGGGCAGGUUCAAAUCACAGUGAGUUACUUAGGCAGAGGCGUACCUGGGGGUUGGAGAAACCAGCCUCUGCCAGGUGUGCAUGCAAAAAUCACCUAUCAUCGGGGCUUUUUUCCAGCUGGAACUCGCCAUAACUGAGAUCCAGCCGCUCUCGGGUGGAUGCCAUUGUCAUUCUAAGACAGGCACCCCCAAACUCAGCCCUCCAGAUGUUUUGGGACUACAACUCCCAUCACCCCUAGCUAACAGGAGCAGUGAUCAGGGAUGAUGGGAACUGUAGUCCCAAAAAACGUCUGGAAGGCCAAGUUUGGGGGUGCCUGUUCUAAGAGAACAAGGGAGGCGUUGGUGGCGAGUUCUCUGGAAAAAUAUCACUGCCUAUCGUAGUAUGGAAUGUAUGGCAUAUCCUUGUGUGUGUGUGUCGAUGCAAUGAGGCAAGAUCAAAUGAAGGAGGAGCUUCCUGUCCUUCUUGCACUGUGGCACAAAGGUGAUUUGGGGUGGGUGGGUGUGCGCGCACCAAUACCGCUCCUUGCCAGGGGCGCAAGGGACCCUCAAUACGCCUCUUUAUUUUAGGAAGACCCUCCUUGUCCGUCAAGCAGCUUGGCUCGUCUUAUGUUCUUUUGCUUCGGGGCUUCCCAUCAUGGUCAUCUGUUAAUAAUAAUAAUAAUAAUAAUAAUAAUAAUUAUUAUUAUUAUUCCCCAGCCACUCUGGGUGGCUCUGCAUUGAGUGUUAAAAACAAUACAGCAUUAAAUAUUAGAAGCUUCUCUGAACAGGGCUGCCUUCAGAUGUCUUCUAAAAGUCUGGUAGUUGUUCUCUUUGACAUCUGGUGGGAGGGCGUUCCACAGUGCUGGUGCCACUACCAAGAAGGCCCUCUGCCUGGUUCCCUGUAACCUCACUUCUCCCAAUGAGGGAACCGCCAGAAGGCUCUCGGCGCUGGACCUCCGUGUCCGGGCUGGACGAUGGGGGUGGAGACGCUCCUUCAGAUAUACAGGACCAAGGCCGUUUAGGGCUUUCAAGGUCAGCACCAACACAUUGAAUUGUGCCGGGAAACGUACUGGGAGCCAAUGUAGGUCUUUCAAGACGGGUGUUAUGUGGUCCUGGCGGCCGCUCCCAGUCCCCAGUCUAGCUGCUGCAUUCUGGAUUAAUUGCAGUUUCCGGGGCACCUUCAAAGGUAGCCCCACGCAGAGCGCAUUGCAGUAGUCCAAGCGGGAGAUAAGUGUUUGGUCACUGUGGGGCCAGGACUCUAGAUUAGACGGGCCGCUAGCCAGACCCAUCAUCCCAGGCCCUCCCAUCCCCUCCAACAUUUCUCCGGGGGGAAAAGGGACGUCCUAUUCCAUUCCCCUCCAACGUUUCCCUGGUGAAGAGAAAGCGGGACAUUCCAGGAUCAAAUCAGAAACCGGGACGGCUUCCGUAAUUCUGGGACUGUCCCUGGAAAAUCAGGACACUUGGAGGGUCUGCUCUGCCAUUCAUAGAACCACAGAACUGUAGAGUCAGAAGGGGUCCCAUGUAGUCAUCUAGUCCAACCCCCUGCAAUGCAGGAAUCCCGACUAAAUAAUCCUUGACAGAUGCCCAUCCAUCUUCUGCUUAAAAACCUCCAAGGACGGAGAGUCAUUGUUCCAGAUAUUUUGGAAGGGUGCAGAAAAACCAUCAUAGGAGAUUUGGGGGCAAGGUGCCCAUUGCUUUGGGAUUUUGGUUUGCAAGCCUGGGGUUGAAAAUCACAUACCGUAUUUCUCUGUGUAUAACACGCCCCCUGUUUUUUGGGACUCCAAAUUGAGAAAUGGAGGGAGGGGUGUUGUUGAGCUUUUUGGGGGGUGGUUGCCGAAAAUUGCUCACCCACAAGACCACCACAGCCAAUCGCACACACGUCAACCAAUCCUGCAGGUUCGCCAAAAGCAAGCACCAAUUGGUCACCCAUUUGCAGCAGCAGAAAAUCGCCAGUGGACCUUGCCGCACCUGCCAAUCACAAGAAAAUACGCUGAUGACAAUCUCCCGAUCACAGCAGCCGCCAAUACCCCAUCCUGCCUCUCCACUAUCCGUGUCUAAUACGACCCCAAAAAUUUACCAUACUUUUUUUGUAAAGUAACCUCGUCUUAUACACGGAAAAAUACGGUAUGUAGGGGCCAAGACGCCAGGGACUGUGUUUCCUUCCCGCCAGCAUUUUGUACACCUUUUUCGGGUGGGUGUUUUCUUCUCCUUGGGGUACGGGGCUGUGUCGCACUCUAAAAACUCUUCUCCCCUCCUCAGGUUCUUUGCCAAAGUGGGUGGUGAACAAGUCCUCGCAGUUUCUCGCUCCAAAAGUAAGUCAAGAAAACCGUCCCUCCUUCCUCUGCCUCUUUCGUCCCGCCAACCGGCUGCCCGUUGUCCGUGUUUCCCUUUACUUGCCAGCCUCAUCCUCAGGCUCUCCAUGGAAACAAUAAGUGUGUGGACUGUUGCUGGUGACGCAGAGGAAAAACAUGUUUCCUGGGGGAUCACAAAUGGGGCUACACAGGACCCCCAAAGGAUCUGGCAGAGCCCCUUUGGCUAAACUCAUUUUCUGCAUGUGAGACAAACGGGUUAUUUAUUAUUUUAUGCCUUUUUUAUCUUGCCUUUUUCUCCAUGGUUCUCCCCCCCCCCUCCUAUUUAGUUCCCACAACAACCCUGUGAGGGAGACAGGGACUGGCUCAGUGAGCUCCAUGGCCAGUUGGGGAUUCGAACCCUGGUCUCUCCUAGGCCAGAGGCCAAUGCUCCAACCGCUACACCCUACUGCCUCUCUCAUAUUAUUCGGGAUCCAUCUUGAAAAACUUUUGCAAAAAGGUUCGAUAACGUUUGGCCUUUAUUGAGCCUCCUUUCUGAUUUGCUUGUUGGCUGUUUACACUUGGUCACAUUCCAAAUCCGUUCCUAAUUUUCUCAGUCACUUCCCUAACUGCAAAAAAAUAAAAAUAAAAUCCAUUUAUUUUUCUGUGCCUGGGAAACAAGAGUCUUUCAUGGUGCAAACCCAUGGUUCCUGUGAUGCGCUUGGGCUUCUCCCUCAAAACACUGGCAUUCUCGAGGCGCCUCGAAAUGAGCCAGUAUGGUAUAGUGGUUAGAGGACUUUGGAAAGACCACAGUUCGAAUCCUCCCACUUGACUGUGGUUCUCAGUGGCUGGACCUUGACUCAGUCUCUGCCUUCUCUCAGGGCUGCUUUGGGGAUUAAAUGAAGGGGAGAGCUAUGUCCGUCAGUUCCUCUGAGAGAAAAGGCAGGCUAUAAACGCCAUGCCAUGGCCUGCCGCAGGCAGCUUUCCACAGACGGCCAUUUCUUCCAAGGGCGCCCCCUUGUGGUGCGAUUGGAAUUUUAUCUCACAGAAUCAUCGAAUCGGGUGGGACCCCUCCCGAUCAUCUAGUCCAGCCCCGUGCAAUGCAACUAAAUAAUCCUUGCUUCUACUUAAAAAUCUCUGAUGAAGGAGAGUUAACAGUCAGGCACCUCAGGAAAACACCCAUAGUUUCUGUGCGUUUUGGCUGAAACCGCCAAGGGGGAAAAAUGAGAUUUUAAAGGCGCUUGCUGUUUCGUUCCUGCCCAAAGCACCUGCGAUGAAGCCUGGGCUCACAUGCGCUGGCUCUCCAGGCUGCCGAACGUGAGGCUGGCAUUGCGCUGGGCUUCCUUCGAUGCUGACACCCACAGAGGGCACCUGAGCUCACUGCCGUCUCCGGUGACCUGGGCAGGUCACCCUCUUGCCGCGUUGCUCUCCUUUUCCAUGAGCCCAUCGCUGGAUUAAUUAGCCCUGUGGCUGAGAUGUCACAUUAAACCCCUCCAUGGCACCGGAGAACAGAGCAGAUCAGCAAAUGAGACGAUACCUCCAUUUAAUUAAAAAACCCAGAACUGCAAGAGAGAGUGAGAGAGAGCACACACAUUUGUUCUUCGCGAGCAUAUUAGCUUUCCAGAGGCGGAAGGCAUCUUGAGUUUUUCUGGGGUUUCUGCCCAGCAAAGGAGGCCUGUUUUUUGAAUUUCAUUUCAUUUCAUCGUCUGGGGAUUUCCCCCCCCCCACCUGGGGGGGAACAGAUGACAACAACGCUGUUCUUUUGCUUCAGAAAUUGAGGUGGGCUAUGAGAUCCAGAAGGCCAUGUGGUGAAAUUGAACGCAUAAGCCCUGCACAUGUCUGAAAUGCAGGGCCGGAGAGAUGCAGCUUUGUGGUCAAUAAUAAUAAUAAUAUAAUAAUAAUACCCGGCCACUCUGGGUAGCUUCCAACAAAAGGUUAGAAAUACAUUUAAAACAUCAGUUAUUAAAAACUUCCCUAAACAGGGCUGCCUUCAGAUGUCUUCUAAAUGUCAGUUGUUUAUUUCAUUGAUGUCUGAUGGGAGGGAGCCACCACCAAGAAGGCCCUCUGCCCGGUUCCCUGUAACCUCACUUCUCGCAGGGAGGGAACCACCAGAAGACUCUCGGAGCUGGACCUCAGUGUCCGGGCUGAAUGAUGAGGAGAUCGUAUCUAUAUACUUUUCUAACUGUCUUUUUACCAGCGCAGCUUCCUCUGGCUGGUAGAGCACGAGACUCUUAAUCUCAGGGCUGCGAUUUCGAGUCUCACGUUGGGCAUUGCAGGGGGUUGGACUAGAUGACCUUGGGGGGUCCCUUCCAACUCUAGGAUUCCACGGCCGGAGCGCCCCCUGCUUUGGCCUCGGCUGCUUCCUCUUUCCCUCUCUCUUCCCCUCCAGGCGAUGAAGAAGAUGCACAAGGCUUGCUUAAAGUACCCAGACUGGAAGCAGAAACACAACCCGCAUUUCAAGCCCUGGCUGUACCCGGAGCAGAACACCCUGGCUAGCCUGGCGCUCUCGGAUCUGGCCAUCCAGCAUGCCGACUCCCUCGAGAACAUCGACGAGAGCAGCCUCUCUGAGACCAAAGACGACCGGGGCGAAGCCAGCGACGAGGACAGCGUCAACUGAACGCCACCCAUCGGCCUCUCCUCCUCCCCAUUCGCGCACCCGGCCUUUGUUUUGUGUGUGACCCAGGCCUCGGCCAGCCGGGGUUCGCCGGCUCUUUUGGACUACAACUCCCACGGCGCCGGCUGGGCCUUCUGGGAGUUGUGGCUCAAAAGAGCGGCGGGGCCCCAGCUUGCCAAAGGCCGGCGUCACCAACGCAGUUUGUGUUUUCCGAAAAGAUACCUCCACGCCUGUCUGGCACUCUCAGUGGUGCAGGGGGGAGGAAAGCGGGUUGGGAUGGAUGACCUUGGGGGAUCCCUUUUUAUCCUCCCCCCCCCCCCACAGUUCUAUGAUCUCCACUCACAGGUGUAGCAAAGCACUCACUUGUCCCCUCUCCGGGUGUUUUGGACUAGAAUUCCCACCAGCCCCAACCAAGACAGCCUUAUGAUGCCCAGUGGCGGAGUUUGGGCUCUCAAAUUUCAGCGGCGCAUUGAACUGCUCCAAAAUCCAGUCCCCAUCCCACCCUGCCUCUUACCACCCGUUGCUUGUCAUUGUAGCGGCGCCCAGUGCAGGUGAACCGGUCGCGCUCUUCUAAAUCCACAUCCAGCUGGUUGGAGUUGUAGUUCGAAGCAGCCUGGAGGGCUCCCGGGCGCCGAAGGCUGGCGGAACCAAUGCAGUUUGUGGCUUUUAAACCGGUCCCCUCUCCAGGCGCUUUGUGCCACAACUCCCACCAGCCCCACCUGAGACAGCCUUAAGACGCCGCGGCUGGUGGGAACUGUAGUUCGAAACAUCUUGAGGGUGCCCAGCUGGGGAAUGGGUGGCGGAAAUAAGACUUUUCCUUGGACGGACCAGGGGUCCUUUCCCCCUUUGGGUUCCUUGUCCGUCCAAACGACUGCUUAGGCGACAGAUCCCUGCCCUGCCCUCGGUUUCAAACACACAUUUUCAACCGAGCCACAAUUGUGUGGGCGCUUUGCAAUGGUUUGCAAAUGGGUGGAGAAGCAAAUUUCAAAUUUUCUGCUCCAGAUUGCUGCCUCCCUCCCCCCAACCAUCCGGAUUUCAGGUCCUGGCCGUGGCUGGUGGGGGCCCUUUCCCUGCAAAUCUUGUCCCCCCGCGGAGGUAGCUGAAGAAAACACUCUGGACGCUCCCAGGAGCCUUGUACAUCUAUUCGUCUGGUUCAGUGGCUGCUAUUUUUCACUCUUUUCUGUGUUUCUUCGUAAUUGUUAUUAGAGCUGCCUCUUAAGGGUUGGGGAAAAGUCUUUUCUUUCUGGUGUGCUUGUGAUGGCCGUGGAGGGAGCUUCUGUUUUUGCAGGCAGGGUGUGGGGGUCUUUUCGCAAUAGGUUUGGGGGCCGAAGUCUCCCGCAGGCUUCGUCCUUCAAGCCUCUUGCCUUCUUUCUCUCCCUGCAAAAUCUGGCAGCCUUUGGCGUGGAAUUUAGCCACUCACAGAUCUGGGGUUUGAAGACUGUUUUAUGGGGGGGGGGGCUGGCUCCUUGAAGCCUCUUUUGCAUUUCGGGGGGGGGGGUUGGGUUGGGUGGGGGCAAAAGAAGAAGAAGAAGCGAGAUUUCAUACGUUGUUAUCGGAGCCGUUUAUUUGAAAAUAAAAGAAUUCAAGC